GCACACUCGGUACACAAAGUUGCCAUUAAAGUUUAUUUCCCUUAUAUCCAGAUAGGUGACGCUACACUUUGCCAGUUACUAAAAGCUGCAGGCUCUGCUCAGAAAAUAAUAUCCAGGCUUCUAGCAUGUGUUUUAUUCCCCAGGCGCGUGCACACACGGUCUAUCCCCAGUGAGAGCCGGAUGACAGGAAUUCCAAGCAUUUAAACAAAGGCAGGCAUUCUCCCCUCCCCAACCCAGACCUCCAAAGUCAGUGCUCCAAAAAAGGAACCUCUCUGGCUCUCACUGGAGUUUGAUGAUCUCUCUUCACUACUGCAGCCCGUCACCGUUUUGCAGAACACAAGCUUGGCUUUCGGAACUCAGACCUCGUCCUCAGCCUACCAGUAGCAAUUCACUAACCCAGAUGCUAAAUUGCGAAACGAACACACGUUGCGGGUGGGAGUUGAGGCGGAGGGGGCAUCGUCUGUAGGUGGACGUGGGAGGAAGGUAUACUAACACCCUCACUUCAGCUCUUACCCACGCAGCUGGGUUUAGUCAAGGAGGAAAUCUACCAGCCCUAGAUGGGGAAAAUAAUCAUCUCCACCCCCACCCCAAACUGCCCAAGGAGACUAGACUUUGGCUUAGCUUCUAGGGGCUGAGAUUGGGCAGUCCUCAGUCGCCCCCAGGAACCGAAGUCUGGCUUCCACGAGCGCGGCGGCUGGCUGGUACUUCCUCCCGCCUCCCUUCCCUGGGCCGUCCUCCCUGGUUCUCCGCAACUGUGUAGUUUCGGAUUCCGCCGCCGCCGCUGCAGCGUCGGGGACAAGUCUGAGUCCAGAGCCCGCGGGCUUUCCGCAGCAACCGCCACUUUAUGCAAACUUGCGGGUUUCCGGCUAGGGGGUAGGGAGAGUAGAAGCUUCCCCGUAGCGAUUCAGUGUCUCGGAACACCCACAGCCGGAGAGGCGGCGGGAGCGCGCUCACCAGACUCUGCUAGACGCGAAAGCGGACGAGACAACUGCGGAAUUCACCCGCCGCGCCAGGGCACUUCCGAGACAACAGCCGACUGGCACUUUUUCUCCCUUUGGCAAACUAGAUUUUUUUUUUUAAGCUACUUGGCAGCUCUGUUUGACUCCACCUCCCCCUCCACCCCCGCCUCAGUGCCUUUGGCUUUUCUUUGGAAAUCCGGACAGAAUUGGGCAUCUUUGUUAAUUGCCGUUAGGAGUGCCUGGUCGUGAGCUUUCACCGGGCCAAUGUCGCAGAUGCACAGAGCCAGGCUUGCUCACCUUUGAACUGCAAAGGGAUCAAGUUCAGCUCGAGUUCCCCGCAUUGAGACUGGAAGAAGCUGAGAGACUGUGCUGGAGAGAGAGUGAGAGAGGGGGGAAAGGGGAAAGGAGAGGAGGGAGGAGAGCGAAGAGGAGGGAGGAGAGAAAAAAAGGAGGGAGGGAGGGGAGGGAUCGAGAGAGAGCGGGGAGAGAGAGGCUGCAAUCUCCUCCCUGAAUCGCGCACAGCGCUGCAGAUCCCACUGCUCCAACCCGCGGGCCGAAUGCAGGUGAGGGAAGGCACGGACUCUGCGGCUGAGAAUCCAAACUUGGGCACCGCGCGGUGCGCACGGUUCGGCUCUCGCCCCCGCGGGCGAAUGGUUGCUGCGGUUUCAGGCGGCGGCUUCGUGACUAAUGACCUUGCGCAGAGUUGUUAAGAAAAAAGAGAAACCCGAGCUCUCCGGGGUGAGAAGCGACCGACUCUGGGCGUCUCUGAAGAUGGCUCGGGCUGCUCCUUGGCGCGCCGAGAGCACCCGGUCGCGGACCGAGCUGUGACGCCAGGCGUCUUCGCUGCACCUUGCCCGAAGCGACCUGCCGUGGAAUUUUUCAUUCAAGAUAUGUUGAGUGCUUCCCGGCUGCUUUAGAGGAGUCAGAGUUGAGACUGGCUUGUUGCUCGCCCCAGAGACUGGAGCAGGAAGCGGCUCACGUUUGUUUGGACCUCCGGAGCCUAAACAGAGCCUGGGUCUAGAGUGAGUAGCUGGAACGUGAAUUGGACUUAACUCGAGUAGCAGUAAGGACUAGCAGGGCUGUCAGGCGGGGAAGGCUGCAGGUUUGCUCCAGUCCGCUACCAGACUCCGCCGCCCUCUUGCCGAAGCGGUUCCGGCCCCUUCCCAGGGCUUGGGGACUGGAUCUCAGGAUCUUCCCGCUGAGGGGAUGACUUUGUGGGGGCACCAAGCCCGUGGCGCGCAGUGUCCCGUGAACUGUGAGUACUGCGAGUAAACGGUGGCCGGCGAGCGGGCGAUUAGCACCCAUUGCAUGAAUUAUGAAACAAUAACUUUCGGAAGAAGCAGAAGGAGAAAAAAAAGAAGCAUCUAUAGCUGACCCCCCUCCCAUCAGCGGACUCUACUCGCUACUCUGGCCCCCCUCCCUCCCCUCCCUCUCAUUUCUUCCUUUCCCGGAGAGGAGGACCGAGGGGAGGGCAGGCGGCCAGCCCCGGAGGAGGGGGGUGACGAGGGGGGUUGUGGUUAGAAGGAGCAGUAGCAGCAGCAGCAAGAGAAGAUGCUGAGGAUGCGGACCACGGGAUGGGCGCGCGGCUGGUGCUUGGGCUGUUGUCUCCUUCUGCCGCUCUGCUUCAGCCUGGCUGCCGCCAAGCAGCUGCUCCGGUACCGGCUGGCUGAGGAGGGCCCCGCCGACGUGCGGAUCGGCAAUGUGGCCUCGGACCUGGGCAUCGUGACCGGUUCUGGUGAGGUGACUUUCAGCCUUGAGUCUGGCUCUGAGUAUCUGAAGAUUGACAACCUCACCGGCGAGCUGAGCACCAGCGAGCGGCGCAUCGACCGAGAGAAGCUGCCCCAAUGUCAGAUGAUCUUCGACGAGAACGAAUGUUUCCUGGACUUCGAGGUGUCGGUGAUAGGGCCCUCGCAGAGCUGGGUGGACCUGUUUGAGGGUCGGGUCAUCGUGCUGGACAUCAACGAUAACACGCCCACCUUCCCGUCGCCGGUGCUCACGCUCACGGUGGAGGAGAACCGACCUGUAGGCACGCUCUACCUGCUGCCCACGGCCACCGAUCGUGACUUUGGUCGCAACGGCAUCGAGCGCUACGAGCUGCUCCAGGAGCCCGGGGGUGGUGGCGGCGGCGGCGAGGGAAGGCGCUUGGGGCCGGCGGACAGCGCCCCCUACCCAGGGGGCGGCGGGAACAGCGGGAGCGGCGGCGGCUCUGGGGGAUCCAAGCGGCGGCUGGACGCGCCUGAGGGUGGCGGUGGGACUGGUCCAAGUGGUCGAAGCAGUGUGUUCGAGCUGCAGGUGGCGGACACUCCAGACGGCGAGAAACAACCGCAGCUGAUAGUGAAGGGGGCGCUGGACCGGGAGCAGAGAGAUUCCUAUGAACUGACCCUCCGAGUGCGCGAUGGGGGCGACCCACCUCGGUCCUCUCAGGCCAUCUUGCGGGUGCUCAUCACCGACGUGAAUGACAACAGCCCUCGCUUCGAGAAGAGCGUGUAUGAGGCUGAUCUGGCUGAGAACAGCGCUCCCGGCACCCCCAUCCUACAGUUGCGCGCCACCGAUUUGGACGUAGGGGUCAAUGGACAGAUCGAGUAUGUAUUUGGGGCGGCCACCGAGUCGGUGAGACGGCUACUGCGUCUGGAUGAAACAUCGGGCUGGCUCAGUGUCUUACACCGUAUCGACCGCGAGGAAGUGAAUCAGUUGAGAUUCACAGUAAUGGCCCGUGACCGCGGGCAGCCCCCCAAGACCGAUAAGGCCACCGUGGUCCUCAAUAUCAAAGAUGAGAACGACAACGUUCCCUCCAUCGAAAUCCGCAAGAUAGGGCGCAUUCCGCUUAAGGACGGGGUGGCCAACGUGGCCGAAGACGUCCUGGUGGACACCCCCAUCGCCCUGGUACAAGUGUCCGACAGAGACCAAGGCGAGAACGGGGUAGUCACCUGUACUGUGGUGGGAGAUGUGCCUUUUCAGCUUAAGCCAGCCAGCGACACCGAGGGAGAUCAGAACAAGAAAAAGUACUUCCUGCACACAUCAGCCCCACUGGACUAUGAGACCACCCGGGAGUUUAACGUGGUCAUAGUAGCUGUGGACUCCGGCAGUCCCAGCCUCUCCAGCAACAAUUCCUUGGUGGUCAAGGUGGGAGACACCAACGACAACCCUCCUGUCUUUGGCCAGUCGGUGGUCGAGGUUUACUUUCCAGAAAACAACAUUCCCGGGGAGAGGGUAGCCACGGUGCUGGCGACAGACGCUGACAGCGGGAAGAAUGCAGAGAUAGCCUACUCGCUGGACUCUUCAGUGAUGGGGACCUUUGCCAUCGAUCCCGAUUCUGGGGACAUCCUGGUCAAUACAGUAUUGGACCGGGAGCAGACUGACAGGUAUGAGUUUAAAGUUAAUGCCAAAGACAAAGGCAUUCCUGUGCUGCAAGGCAGCACCACGGUGAUUGUACAGGUGGCUGAUAAAAAUGACAACGACCCUAAGUUUAUGCAGGAUGUCUUUACCUUUUAUGUGAAGGAAAACUUGCAGCCCAACAGCCCUGUGGGUAUGGUCACCGUGAUGGAUGCUGACAAGGGACGGAAUGCAGAGAUGAGUCUGUACAUAGAGGAGAACAGUAACAUUUUUUCUAUUGAGAAUGACACAGGGACCAUUUACUCCACGAUGUCUUUUGACAGGGAACAUCAGACAACAUACACUUUCAGAGUGAAGGCAGUGGAUGGAGGAGAUCCUCCCAGGUCGGCCACAGCCACAGUCUCUCUCUUUGUGAUGGAUGAAAAUGACAAUGCUCCCACAGUUACCCUUCCCAGAAAUAUUUCCUACACGUUGCUGCCACCUUCAAGUAAUGUCAGGACAGUAGUAGCGACAGUGUUGGCAACAGACAGCGACGAUGGCAUCAAUGCAGACUUGAACUAUAGCAUUGUGGGAGGGAAUCCUUUCAAGCUGUUUGAGAUUGAUUCCACCAGUGGUGUGGUUUCCUUAGUGGGGAAACUCACCCAAAAGCAUUAUGGCUUGCACAGGCUGGUUGUGCAAGUGAAUGACAGCGGCCAGCCUUCCCAGUCCACUACGACUUUGGUGCAUGUGUUUGUCAAUGAAAGUGUUUCCAAUGCAACUGUGAUUGACUCUCAGAUAGUCCGAAGUCUGCACACCCCACUCACCCAGGAUAUAGCUGGUGACCCAAGCUAUGAAAUUAGCAAACAGAGACUCAGUAUUGUCAUUGGGGUGGUGGCUGGCAUUAUGACUGUGAUUCUAAUCAUUUUAAUUGUCAUGAUGGCAAGAUACUGCAGGUCCAAAAGUAAAAAUGGCUAUGAAGCUGGCAAAAAAGACCAUGAGGACUUUUUUACACCCCAGCAGCAUGACAAAUCUAAGAAGCCUAAAAAGGACAAGAAAAACAAAAAAUCUAAACAGCCACUCUACAGCAGCAUCGUCACUGUUGAAGCUUCUAAACCGAAUGGACAGAGGUAUGACAGUGUCAAUGAGAAGCUGUCAGACAGCCCCAGCAUGGGCCGAUACCGAUCUGUUAACGGUGGGCCUGGCAGUCCAGACCUGGCAAGGCAUUACAAAUCCAGUUCCCCGCUGCCUACUGUCCAGCUUCACCCCCAGUCACCAACUGCAGGGAAAAAACAUCAAGCUGUACAAGAUCUACCACCAGCCAACACAUUUGUGGGAGCAGGAGACAACAUUUCAAUUGGAUCAGAUCACUGCUCUGAGUACAGCUGUCAAACCAGUAACAAGUACAGCAAACAGAUGCGUGUACAUCCAUACAUUACGGUGUUUGGCUGAAUUCCACUCUAAUACGAUGUUCCAAUUUACACCAUACUCUGUCACCACCUUGCUACUCCGACACCUGCUGGAGCCUGACCUUGGCCGUGGGGUGUCAGCCAACCACUGUUUGUUCCCCUUGUUGUGCAUUUUAUUUUCAAGCCUUUUUUCCCUACUUAGGGAAAACAAAUAGUUUGAAAGCAAGUUAAGGUCCAAAGAGGCAGUAUUAAUACAGGCAUGUAUUAUUCACAGAUGUCUACAGUUCUGUUCUCAAAGAGAUGGCUAGCAACCGCUAACACUUGAUAAAAAAAUCAUUAAGAAAAAAACCCAAAACAUAUUUCGAUAAUAGUAACUCUAAGGACUUUGGCUUUGUGUGAACAAAGGGAAAUUCAGUUUCUUACAUCUUCAUCUACAGUACACUAAAUACUGAUUUCGAAUAAAACCCUAAAUUGAUCAGUGUUUUCUCUGUCUCAUGUGAUCACAACUUCUUCCAGCUAGGCAGACAGCUCUUGCCAAAUCUGUGUUAUAAUUCUGAAUGUCACUAUGUGCUUUUGUGUUUUUACCCACAUAUGAAUAUUAAAGACUUCAAGCACUUUAAUAAAAUAUAUUAGUCUGUGACUUUCUGCGUCUAUCACAGACGCUGCAAUGGGUUAAAUUUUCCUUAAUCUUGAAAUAAACAGCCUGUAGAAUUUUUAAGAGUUGUUUGUUAUUUUGUUAUUGAUGAUAAGUUUUUUUUGAAUUUUGUUAGAUUUACCAAAGUCACUAUAGACAAAUUCCGAAGGAAUAUAUACCCUCCAAUUUUGUGGACUAUGUUCAUAGGGAGGCCUUUAUGGCUGAUGUCAGGUAAUAUAACCUUGCAGUUCUAAGAAUUGUUCCAUUGGUGGAGACCUGAAAUGGGUGGUUUCAGUUGUAGCAGUGAUGGUCUAGGUAAGUUGGCAUCCUCUAACCAACCCCCAUGUUUGUAUAUCUCUGUAUGUAUUUGUUAUAUUUUAUGUUUAUGUGCUGUCCAUGGUCUGAUUCUUUUAUAUUUGUUGCACUAUCUGCCCUGCCCAAUGAUAAUUUUCUCCAAGUUCCAAAGUGCUGGACAAGAGUUUCACGUUCCCCAGGUUUUGUUUUGUUCUGUUCUAUUUCAUUGUGUGUGUGUGUCAACCAUUGUCAGUCUACUAGCAUUUUAACAAAUAACGAAGAUUAUUGGAACAACACAGACGUGUGAAGUGAUGUGAAUUGCCGUAGCCCAUACAAGUGCCUAAUGUGCACUUACGGGUUUUUAUACCAUGAGCUGUUCAUCUCAUCUUGCAAAAGGACCAUUUUCUGAAGUAUUAUUGAGCUGGCAGUGAAAUUCCUGAAUAAAGAACUUAAUUAUCCUUUGCCUCUCAUUUUGUUUCAAAGACCAGACCCAGGCUAAGAGUCUGGAGAGGAACCCAGACCCUGUUCUGCUUCUCUCAGAUGCCUGUUUCUUCAUCUCAAAGAAAAAAAACUCACUUCAAUAGACUUAAAAUGUAGAUUUUGCAACAAACUGUACUAACGUACAAACAAGAAGUGAUAGAACAAAGUCUAAGAGUUGGAGUUGGUACACUGUGUAGUGGGUGCCCACGGGUGGCGUUACUGAACACUUUUACAAAGAAGAACCCUCAGUCAGUAUUUGCAAAUUCAGCCUGUGUCAUACUCUUGGGGAACUGUUUAAUAUACCCAAUUUCUACCACGAAAUAGGAAGUUAUGACAUAGUGCUUGGGUAGCAUGUGCAGGCAAUAACUUCAAUGUUCUCAAGGCAAAUACACACACACACACACAACACACACACACACAUCACACGCACACAAACACACACACAUAUGUGUGUGUAUGAUAUAUGCAUAUAUAUGAAAUAAAUAUAUAGUCAUUUGUGCAGUACUGGUGUAGCUGUCCCUGUGUCCACAUGAGCAUUUCUGCUUUUGAUUCCUAGAUAAAUGUUAUGUCUUAGCAUGCGGCAGGUUAGGAGUGGUUGGAGAAUCACCCUUUAUCAUGCUCGGCACUGUUGAGUGGAAGUUUACAAUUGUUUACCGAGACAGUCAGAAAAGUUUAAUAAAACUAAAGUAAAAAUGCACUGUCAUGCUCCAGGAUUUUACGUCCAUUCACGCACACCCCACUUGUUGCAGCCUUUCGUGACAGCAAGCUUUCUGAGAGGCUCGAACCCAGUCCUUGCGACUUUUUUGCUUACUUAGUUUUCCGUGUGAGUGUGUGUCCAGUGACUCCCUACCUUCUCCAGCUUCCUGGUCCCCAGUGUUAGCAAUUUGGGGACAUCUUUUCUGACACUUCAUUGUCAUUACUAGAACUUCCUGUAAAACAGGUAUCCAUGCUCUGAGGGAGAUGAACUCACCCAUUGCUCUGUAUAACUUAAUGUUUGGAUAUUUUAUUUUAAAAUAAAAAGGCAGUAAUCAAUUCGCUUUAGAAAAUCCACGGAGAAUGAUGUUAUAGUAGAUACCAAUUCACUUAAUGGGUUCAUUCAGUUUAAACGGUUUUUCUUUUUCUUUUACUACAUGUGAUAUUACUACCAGUCCAGGGUAAGGAGCAUAGAGUUCCUGCCUUCAUGAAGUUAAUAUAAUGUUUGCAGGACCUGAAAGGAUGUUCAUUUAUUUUCAUUGUGCCUUUUAAUUUCCAAAACACUAGAUGGUAGAUACAUGUUUGCUUAUUUGCUCUUCAGAACAAACUGGGGGGGGGCACCUUCUUUAUUUCCUCGAUGAAGCUAAUGAAGCAACCAGCAGCCUUUUCAUGAAUGAUGGAAUUCAGCUUAAGAAAUUUACAAAACCAAUGACAGAAUAGCCCCUCAGACUCAAGAAUAGAGAAAGCAUCCAAGUGAAGCUCUUGUUUUUGUUUCGUUUGGUUAUUAGUUUUGUUGAAACAAGUUUUCACUGUGUACCCUGGGCAAGUUCACAACUCAUUGUGUAUCCAAGCCAAACUGCUUGCCUCUGUCUCCUGGGCUGCUGGAAUUAAGGGCCUAUGGCACCAUUAUUGUCUGAAAUUGUGAUUUUGAAUAAAGUUAAGUUUUAGAAAUUACAGCUACAAUCUUCCCCAAAACAGACAGAACUCAAAAGUUCCUAAAAUAUAGGAGAGAAGUUUGUAUAAUUUAUUUUUUGAGGUAUAUGUCUGAAAUCUUAACAUUUUUCAGGUAUCACUGUCAUAAUUGAAAAGGCUUUUUUAAAGUGAGUUGUGACUUGAAGAUCUCAUGAUUCAUUGUCAUAAGUUAUUUGUAGGAUUGUAUGUUAUUAAGGCAAUAUUUAAAAUCAAACCUUCAAAAAUUAAUUUCACCCUGACUUUAUUUUCAAUAUAUGUUGGAAAAAUAGCCCCAAGACCCUCCCACAUUCUUGACAAAGUGACUUCAUAGUCUGUCUUUCAGUGAACAGCAUUUAUGAAAAAAAUCUCUAAUUUUGUAUUAAAUUUUUCUUUCAUGGGGUUGGAGAUUUAGCUUAGCGGUAGAGCGCUUGCCUAGCAAGCACAAGACCCUGGGUUUGGUCCCCAGCUCCGAAAAAAAAAAAAAAAAAAAAAGAGAGAGAAAAAAUUUUUUUCUUUCAUGUGGGCUAUUUUUAAAAUACUUUAUUAACUUGUGCAAGUCUGUGAUGUGGAGAUAGAACAUGGACUUUAAAAACCAAGGCGAUUGUUUUACAUGGAGAAAAGUGGGAAUGUGCAGCAGGCUCCUGGUGCCUCCCACGUUUAACCUCAGCACUCUGGGGGCAGAGGCAGGGAAUCUCUAUGAGUUGGAGGCCAGUCUGGUCAUGAGAGUAGGUUCCAGGACAGCCAAAGCUACACAGAGAAAUCUUGUCAGAAAACAAAACAAAACAAAACAAAACAAAACAAAAUAGAACAAAACAAAAGGAAAAACAGACAAACACAAAACCAACCAACCACCACCAACGAAAACAUUGCAAGCAUGUUGCACCUUAGGCAGGGGAUUCAUUGUGUUCAGAGGAGCUAACCCUACCUAAAUUUUUCUCCACCACCACAUUUCCCUGUGUCAGGGAGCAGUCUUAAAGGCGACCCUUGUAGAAUAGAGUACUUAGGAAUUUUGUAGAGUUAGCUUUCAAAUUCAUCCACACUGGUUCUGGAAUAUGGUGGGACCUCUUUUUGUUGUUUGUUUGUUUUUGUCUUGUUUUGUCUUUAAUCACAUUACAUCCAGAUCACAGCCCCCUUCCCUCCUCUCUUCCCAGUCCUACCCUCACCAAACAUUGGGCUGAGCCCAGGGAGUGUUUGGAAGAAUAGAGGAUAGAAGACAAAAAAAUCAAGGUCAAGGACACCACAAGGACACCCACAGAAUCAACAAACCUGAGACCAGGGGGCCUCACAGAGACUUGGCCACCAACCAGGGAAUAUGCAGGAGCUGGGCCUAGACCCUAGCAAAUGUGCACCGUGGACCCCCCUACAAAUUCAGUGAUAGCUGUCCUGGUGUCUGUUCCUGCCAUGGAUCUCCUUCCUCCUGCCUUAUAGGACGUCCUUAAUAUAACCCCUGUAAGAUAUUCUGAAAGUUUGCUUGUCUUCCUUUCCUGAGGUAUGGAGUUCUCUGAGAUUCAGGCCUCCCUACUGUAUUGGCCAGAGUCUUUUUUUUUUACUUGGCAGUGUGGUUUAUGACCCUGGCUUCAGUAACAAAUGAACAAUUCUGUUUUCAUCACCUUCAUUCUUGCUUCCAUUGUAAACCCCAAACCUAUUAAUAAGAGGGACCAACAGUGUUUAUAUUGAGCACUGAAAGUCCUGGUUACUUAACAGGUUUCAGGCACAUUUGAGAAAUGGGCUGGUAAGGUUUUUGUUGUUUUGUUGUUUGGUUCACUUGACACAGCUUAGCAUCAUGUGGGAAGAUAGAAUCUAGAAUCUAAAACUGAAGAAAUGCCUUUAUCAGAUUAACCUGUAGGCAAGUCUGUGGGGGCAUUGUGUGCAGAAAUGAUGGUGUGGUGGAUGUUGGGUAGUGGUUGGUUGUUUGCUCAGCCCACUGUGGGCAGGGACAACACUAAGCCAUUGGUCCUGGGUUGUACUGAAAAGCAAGUUGGGCUAGCCAUGGAAAGUAAGACAGUAAAUAUCAUUACUCCAAGAUCUCUGUUUCACUUCUUGCCUUUAGUUCAUGCCUUUACUUCUUUUUAUGCUGGACUGACUUUAAGCUCUAAGGUGAAAUAAACCCUCUUCCCUCUCAAGUUGUUUUUGGCCGUGAUAUUUAACCACAGCAAUAGAAAGCAAUCAAGGACAAGGGCUUCAAAGAACCAUGCAAGCAUAUGGGUUGUCAGUAUUUUUCUGGAAUUCUUUAUCUGGGGCAAAAAUAGAUAUAUGUACUCCCAAACACAGACACGGAUGGAUCUCUGUAUCUGUCAAUUUGUAUAUUCUGCAGACAUUCAUUUUCUAUGCCAACUCAGACUUGCACACAAACAUUUCUAUUUCUACCCUACCUCAUGGCAUGCAGUCAUUUUAAAAGGUGAUGUGCUGGCAUAUCCGAAAAGAGAAAUCAGGGUGCAGUGAAUCUACAGAGAAAAGAGGUCUGGAAAUGGGGACCCAGCAGCAGUUGAAGGAGCUAAGCAGUGGAGUGAAAGUAGGAAAGUUUGUGCAAUUCCAAAGCUCUCCCUUAGACUUUGGAAUGCCCUGAAGAGUUCCCCUUUUAAAAUGUAAAUGACCUCUGUAGGAGUUUGGUUGGGCUUUUAGCACACCUGGGUGUAAAUUGCUUUAAGCAGAUAACUAGGUCAGCACAUCCCAAAGAUCAAUAGUCCUUAAGAAAUGGAAAUUUUGAUUAGGGCCUUAGGGAAGAGUGGUAGGACUGCUGGAGCCUAGAAGGAUGAGAACUCACUUAAAGCACCCAGCGUCUGCGGCUCUAACCAGAGUCCCUCUGGGGUGUGUGUGUGUGUGUGUGUGUGUGUGUGUGUGUGUGUGUGUGUGUGUGUGUGUGUUUAAAGUAAGAGCUCAUUUAAAACACCCAGCCUAUCUGUCGGUCCAUGUGUCUGUCUGUCUCUCUGUCUCUGUCUCUCUGUGUGUGUGUGUGUGUGAAUGUCUGUGUGUGUGUGUGUGUGAGUGUCUGUGUGUGUGUGUGUGAGUGUGUGUGUGAGUGUGUGUUUAAAGUAAGAGCUCAUUUAAAACACCCAGCCUGUCUGUUGGUCCAUGUGUCUGUCUGUCUCUGUCUCUGUCUCUAUGUGUGUGUGUGUGUGUGUGUGUGUGUGUGUGUGUGUGUGUGUAUGUGUGUGUGUGUAUGCACAUGUACAUACAUGCAUGUUUAGAAUUUUUUAUUUAGAAUUUAUCAGAAAGGUGUGUUCUGAUCUAAAAAAGGCAAAGGGUUUUGAGUUUUGGGUGCCAUUAAACAUUAUUUCCUUUUCUGCUCUAUUCUAUUUAUUUUCUUCUUAUUUGGUGGGGGAAGAAAGAGAACAAUGGGGAGGGGUAGAAAAUAAAAAAAGAGCUUCCUGCAAGUGCACCUACAUUCCCCUACCCUCAUUAUUCUGCUUGUGUAGUAAAGCAGUUCCCACUCAUUGGGACUUUGUUAGCAUGCAUUUGUUUCUUAUCCUGAUUUUAACCUGAGGAAGCUGAGAUUAAAAGAGGAUAAUAACGUUUUUUUCACCGUUGGAAGAAACUUCAAAGGGAAUUCUCUUGGCAGAGGUCUGUAGAUUGUUUAGAGCAGGCUGAAUGCACAGGGCUCCAGCUGUCUCCUCUCUGGUGAAGUGGACUAAAUACACCAAACUUUGAGAGGCAGUAGAGCUGCAGUAUCUUGGUAAAAUAACGAAAAGUUAGAAGAAGUACAUGCUUUAUUAAUAAAGAGUACUGUGGUGAUUCUGCAGUAUGAUAAGCCUUGUGGACUGAGCAUGAUUAUUGUGGGUUUUUAUAGAGUACAGACAUUAUAAAUUAGGAUUUUUAUAUUCAUAGAAAUUUGACUCUAUGUAGCAUAGAAGCUUUAUUUAUUUGUUCGUUUGUUUACUGAGGUUUAGUGGAUCUAAAAGCCAGCACUUUUUGCCUGCUAGCCACAUAUAAUUUAUCAUGGAUUCCUGGCCCUAGAGCAGUGAUUCACUCCACAGACAUGCUUAAAUUUUUUCUCAGUUCUGCUUGGAAAUGAGAAGCUUGCCUACCAAUUUCUAGAUUAGAUGCUCUGAAAUUCUAAGUUUUCCUUAGUAGUUCACUCCUAGUCUCUGGAAAAAUAGAAAAUUUGUACUAGUUGAAGCAGUGAGAAAACCCACCUUCCAGCCCUAGCUGCCUCUGAUUGACAUAUCCACAGGAAAGUCUUCUGUCAUUUUGCGUACGAAGCCCUGAUCUGGUGACAUGGAACAUUUGGGACUUUCCUAUGUGCUCUCAUGAAGGAAGAUACUGUUUCUCCAUUGCCAAGAGGUUGUCUCCCUUCUGAAAGUACUUUGACACUCCAAAGGACUUUCAUUACACUUACAAUAUGCUUCAAAAAUAUUUGUUCUCAUCAGUUAGACCCUCUGCUCGUCUGUUUCCAUGGUUUCUUUUAAAGUAGCACUGAUCUUGUACAGUGAGACAAUUGAGUGUGGUCCUUACACAUGCCAGGAGGUACUGGCUGUUGUCAGAAAGACAUCCGAUCUGUUGCCCUCUCUCUAGUAAAGAAAGAGGUGUGAUGGCUGCUGCUGUAAAAGGAGUUUAGAAGAGUCUCCACCUAAUUCACUUAUCCUUGUGACCCUACUUUGAUUCCAUUACGUCUUAAAUCCUUCCUUUUUGUCUUGACGGCAAUUUUGCUGGGAUCUUUUCUUUCACUUUAUGACCAGCAUCUAAAAUUAACGGCUGCUAUUUACUGAAGGUUUACCCGUUACCAACCACGAGCCCUGGUGCUGUGCAGGGUAUUACUUACUGCUCUUUGCUGUGCUAGAGGACUGUGGUUUAGGUAUCUGCCUGCCACACAGGAGUAAGGGAACAAGCCGCAUCCUCUUCUGUCCACCACUUCUCCUAGUGGUGUACCCCUGACUCCAUAUCUGAAAGUCUGUAUGAUAGCAAUACUGGUAGUUCAGUUUACAAAACAACCUUUUAAAAUGUCUGGUGAUUCUUUUCUGCUAUAAAAUAUCUGCUAUACAUUUUUAUCAGUGGUCUUUGUGCCUGUGCAUAUGUUCUCCCCCCCCCGUGUGUGUGUGUGUGUGUGUGUGUGUGUGUGUGUGUGUGUGCAUGCGUAGGCACAUAUGCAUGCAUUUAUAUGUGCAAGUGCAUAAGUGUGCAUAUGGAACAACCUCCAACAUCUUUUCUCAGGAACAGUGUCCCCCGCCUCCCCCCCAUCCCCGCACUCUUUUUCUACUGUUAUUGGUCAAGGAGCUUGAAGACAUCUGCCUGUCUCUGAAUCAUUACUGAUAGGAUUAUAAACUUGUCACCACACAUGACAAUAUUUUUUUUCUUAUUUUGCUUCUGGCAAUAGAAUUCUGGUCCUGGUAUUUUGAGGACACAUAAUGUUUCUGUCUGAACCAUUUCCCCAGGCCUCUCAUAAGUCUUAAUAAUUUGUAUGAAUCUUCCCAUGCUGCCAUCACAGAAGGGCACACCUGGAGUUAAAUUUCAUUUUCUCUGAGGACUUAGAUCAAAGUCCUGGUCAAUGUGGUUUCUGGAGAAGCCUCUCACUUGGCUUGCAUGGAACUGCCUUCUCAUUCCUUCCAUGCUUUCCCUCGUGCAUGCACUGACAGAAGCCUCCACAGUCCCUGAGAAAAACACUAGGCCUUAUCAGAUGAGGACCAUAACCUUCAGACCUCACUUAACCUUAAAUGCCUCUCAGCAAGUACUGGCAUUCCAGGGUUUAUGACUUCAGUAGACGAACUUGGAAACACGCAGUUCUGUCCAUAGCGCAGUUCAUUCUUGGUCUUCACUAGGUCAUACCAGACUGCACCAUCAGCUUUUACAUACUCACUCAUUGCAUGUAGUGUUUAUGUUCAGAGGAGCCCUUACUUUUCACCUUUUCUGUCAAAAGGAGCCUCAAAUAUGUUUUUCAAUGAUGAAAGAUUCAUGUACUUGUUUUAUCUUUGUGAAAAAAAUAUUUGAAUCUAUAAUGUGUAUGCGUGCACAUACAUUUUUAAGUACACUUUUUAGUUUCCGGCAUAUAACAUCUCAUGCAUAAUGUUGAACAUUUCUACAGUUAUUGGUUUUCAUGAAGAUUUGAUUUAAAUAACAUUUUAGCUAUUUUAAUUUUGCUAGCCAGUAAGUGUAUGCAGGUAUACUGUUCAAUGAAAUAGCAGUAUAUACCCAAAAGCAAUCCAUAAAUUCGAAUUAUUUUUAAUGACAAUAUUAACACUUAGAGGCAAACAUCUAGUUUUUCUUAGUCAUUGAAAUCCAAAUGAAAAGCAGGAGUUAAAUCUUUUUCUGUCAGCAUUCCUAGGCAAGAAACAAAACAGUUGCUCACACCUUUCCUAAGGAGCACUUUCGGAGCCUCUGAGGCUGGGUGUGCACUUGACCUCCAACAUUUAAGAAUGGAAAAUUUAAUGUUUUUCUCUUCAGGGAAGUGGAAAUAAAUAGUGCAUGAACACAAGUGUAUUUACAAAGUUGCAUUUAAAUUUGCUUUUCAGUAUAUUUAACUGUUGAUCACAAAGACAAAAACACUUCCAGAGAUAAUAACAUUUCUGGGGUCAGGAAUCAAUCACGGUAAUGUCUAUUUCUUCCAAUCCAGUGCAUCAAGUGGUCAGAAAUAAUCAUAUUAACUCCCCUAAGUUUGUUGAGUUUUCCCUUAAUGUUCUGUUUGUGGCAUAAAAUACAUACUUAUGGGUAUAUGUGUAUGCAGUGUCCAUAUGCAUAGGUGCUUACAAAUAUAUACUACCCAUACGAAGGUAAUAUAGUUGAUGUUUCACAGGACAAGUGUUCACUGACUAACAUCUAUCUGCCAUUUAAGUUCUAGGCAGCAUUCUAGGCACCUUGCAAAUAGAAUUGAUAGAAAGGGACUGAAAAAAAAAAUAGUCUUCCUCUAGGGCAUCCUUGGAACACCACAUAAAUCACACUAGCUAAGCUUGGGUUGUACAUUAUAUUCUGGGCAUUCAGUAACGUAGCUUGCACGUAUGAAAUCAUCAGUUGAACACAACAACCACACAGUCUCACUGAUAGUUAUCUUUAUGUUGUAGACAAUGGGCGUGGUGAGUAUGACGGUUACUUACGAAGAAUGACUUACUCAGUCCCAUAAUUUGCAAAGUGCAGAGCUACAGUUCAAGUACAGACAAUCUAGCUACAAAGGCCACAUUCCCAACUACUGUGAAGUCCAGGAAACAGCUCUGCGUUAUAGACAACUAGUUUUAUGAAUAAAAUCGCAUUUGCUCACUUCUCGGCAAGGCUUCAGUGAUAGUCUAACCUUGCAAUUCUGAUAUCUUUUAUUAUGUUCUUGAAAUUAGGUCAGUCAGUCCAUUUGAAAAAAGUACUACCACCUUAAACUUCAAUCAAAGUGCAAAUUAUAGGAUGGGAACUUGUGCGUUAGACAGAUGUAUUCUCUUUUUCCUUUCCUAACCCACUCUCACUUUUUUUUCAGAAAUACCCCAUCACAGACUUUUGUUAUUUUAAUAUUCUCCAAUUCAUUCCCUAUUCACAAAGUGUUCUGCAUAUCAUUAGUGCAAGUAGAAGAAACAAAUUCAUUAAUCUUCUGUGAAUUGCCGUUUGAUGCAAGAUAGGAAAUGCCUUUUAAUGAAGAAUAAAUUUUUGACAAAUUUCUGUGAAUCAGUGCUUCAUAAAAAUAAAAUGUAUAUAUUUCCUCGGAAGUUUUCAAAAGCAUAUACAAAAGGAAGCAAAGGAAAAGUGAGUUAGUUACAAAAUAUUUGUAAGAACUAAUUCUUCUGUUCCUUCAAAGAAGUACUGAUUACUAUACAUGCCAUUAAAAUAUAGCUGUAUAUCUGCAGGGGAUAUAUCCCAAUAUUCCAAAUCCUCGAUAGAUUCUUGCACCAUACUGUAUGUCUUGUCUCAUGCACACUGGUAGGAUUUAAAUAUUUUCUCCCAACCUAAAGGAUAAUGUAUCGAUGAUGUGGGCCUACAGCAGUGUUUACAAGGAGUCUAAACUCAGUGAAGGAUAAAUUCAUUAUUGGAUACAUAAUUUGAUGGCCACAUUAGGGGGUGGCUGGACCUAGACAGGUGAUAUAGAUGACUAGGGGCUUGUCCUGACCUACUACUUUGUUUCCAGCUUCUUUUUCCCUAUUCUUUUGCCUUUUGUCUUUUAUGAGGUGAGUUGCUUGGUAUCAUAGCACAGGCUCUGCCAUAAUAUUCUGCCUAAGUACAGGGCCAUAUAUAACGGUGCCAUGUAACCAUCCACUGAGACCUGGAGAUCCAGGAGUCCAAAUGAACCUUUCCCUAUUAUUUCUUAGGUAUUUUUGCCACAAUGAUAAACAGUGGUUAACAUGCACAGUUACUGGAACAAAAUAUAGUUUGUAAAUACAUAUAGUAAUCUGAACAACAAUAACAAGUGAUGGUAUAAAAGGAGUCUAAGAAUAUACCACAAUGAACUCCAUUUUACUUUUGGAAUUGUCUAUGUAAUACCAUCUGACUAUUGCUGACCAUGACCAGCCGAAUCUCCGAGUAAGAGCUGCUACUGCUUAUCCUUUUUGUAGUUUAAAAAUUCAUCAGUAUUUUAUUUAAAAUUUACGUAAAUUUGUGUGGAACAUCUAAAAUGCAAAGGAACAGCACUUAAGACUAUACCUUAGUGAUUUCACUUUUAGUAAAAUAAUUCUGUUUUACUUUUUUGGCAUGGCUAACAUCUAAAAAAAUGUCAAUGAUAUUUUCCAUUGGAUAUUUUCUUUUGAACUGAGAAACUUUUCAAAAAAUAUCUAUAUGAAAUAAUUCUGAAUUCUCUUAUAUAUUAUCUCUACAUACAUGAAAUCUCAAUAUCUCAGGAUUUUGAGAAAGAUAUAAGGAGCCUGUGUAUUCAGGAGCCUGUGAAGAGCAAACGAAUCUUCAGAUGCCAGGCUGCUGCAGUUUUAGAGGUUUGUGAGCCUUUUAUGGUUUCUGGGAACUAAAUCUGCGUCCUCUGUAAGAGUAUCAAGUUCUUUUAGCUGUUAAGCCACCUCUGAGACCUCCAGUUUUCAAAUUUAAAGCAUUGAAAUCCAUGGGUCACAAUUCUGCGACUGUUGUUUCCUUGCUCAUCUUCUUCUCCUAAACAAAUGGUCUCUUAGUUACUCUUUCAUGGGAAGAUACACUAUGGUCAAGGAAACUUUUAGAAUAAAGCAUUUAUUUGGGGGCUUGCUUAUAACAUCAGAGGGUCAGUCAUAACCAUCCUGGUGAGACUAUGCUGGCGUGCAGACAGGUGUGGUGCUGGAGCAGUAGCUGGGAGCUCACAUCCUGACUUGCAGGCAGGCGGCAGAAAGAGCAAGACGGGUCAGCAGUGGGCUAUUGAAACCUUAAAACCCAACCCCAGCAACACAGCUCCUCUACCAAGACCAACUCUACCCCAACAAGUCAACACCUCUUAAUCCUUCUCAGGCAGAUCCAGUAACUGGAAAUAAAUGUCGUGGCAUGUAUGUUCAUGUAUGUGUGUGCAAACGCAUAUACACUAACUAAAAAGAAUCUAUGUGAAUUAAAUUAAAAGAAAAUAAAGAAAUGCUGGGUUCUACAUUUCAGUGAGGUACAUACUAUAUAGAGGAAGUGAGAAUAAUUUAUGUGAAGCCUAAUCAAGAAAAACGCUCAGAAGCAUCUUUUGUCUUUAGUUAUUAUGCCAGGCAGACUCCUGGUAAUUACCUUGGGUUCAGAUUUGAUGGGGUGGUGCUUUUUAAACUUUCUUUGGUUCAUAAGGACUGAGAGUGCCGAUACAUGCUCUUCAGAGUUAGUUUUCAUGCUGCUUAGCACCAGAAGGAAAUUAUUUAGCACACACUGCCUUGCACAGGGAAGAUACUAGAAUCAGAAAGUUCUAGCAGUGUAACUCACCUUGUUCUACUUUGUUUUGGUGAGCAGUCCUAAGUGGGGGGCAGACGCGGAGUUUCUUAAAUUCAUUCGAUUUUUUAUCUCUGAUGCAGAGCAAAUCACUCAACUUUUUUUUUAAUCUUUUUUCCUUUGUUCAACAUUGAACUGUCUAUCUUGUUCAUCAUUGAACAUUUUAUGCGAGAUAAGAGAAACCGUAAUAGUCCAGCCGAGAAAACUGUGGGGACUAAUGAAAACAAUUCCAAUUGUAUAUGAUACUAAAGAUUUUUUGAUAAAGACAAGAGGGAAAUUCAAAAUGAAGUCAUGAUUACAAGUCCAAAUAAUUCCUGGAAAAAUUAGUUUUUACCAAAAAAGAGUAUCUUGUUACCAAAAAUAGCAGAGUAGUCAACUUCUAGUCCUGGCACUCAACUGUGGAAGAGAAUUGAAGAUACAUUAUUUUAUCACUCAAAUUGCUGAAAUGUCUUAUUGAAGAAAGGAGAAAAAUACGCUUCCGAACUAGUGUGCAAAGUCUCGAUUUACGAAAAGGAGAAAAAAAAAAUCAAGGAUUUUGCUCAAGGAACCAAAAAAAUGUGUUUGGCUUAUUUCUUUUUCAUCACUUAAGCUCGUUUCUUGCUGGGUCUUUUUAUUGAAUAAUUGAAAAAAAAUGGGUAAAGGAGGGACUUUUUCAUCAAAGGCAAAGGUAGUAAGAAAUAAAAGUACCGGGGUAAUAGAGAUAGGAAGUUGUAUCUUUCUGUACUUUCGUGAUUGCUUACAUUUCUUCCUAAACUUGUAGUUGAAAAGGUUUGGGGGAAAAAAGUUCAGUUCUAAGGAAAAAGUUAGAGAGGGCAGGCUAAUAUUCUGUGCUUCCUCACCCACCCACCACCCCCAGCCCUUCUCACUCCACAUCCUCCCCUCCCCCAUUCUUACGCGCGCGCGCGCGCGCGCGCGCGCACACACACACACACACACACACACACACACACACCACAGAAAACACCACUCCCCCACUCUUACACACACACACACAUCACACAAUCCACCACUCCCCCACUCUUACACACACACACACAUAUCACACAAACCACCACCGUCACAGGUAUGAGCACACCCAUCUUCACAAGCUCACAUUAUUUUUCUUUGAAAUCAUCUCUAUUUACGCUGGCAAAAUUAAUUAAAAAGCAAGAGCUCACUUGAUGAGCCUUAACAUUUAAGGGGAUUAUUAGAAAUUUUGAAAGCUGCUUCAAAGAAAAACUUUUUAACACUCCCUUGAUUUCAAGCUCUGGAGAAAAGAGCUGGAAUCUUGGUACUCCACUGUCUUCCUGCCAGACAGGAGGCGGCUGUGGGCAAGCUGUGUCUCCCUCGCUGCUCUGCCUCCUCUGUAGCAGUCAGUUUAUGAUCAUCUGAGAUGCUGCUCUUUUCUCCCCCAGUGGCAGCCUGUCAGCUUUUGCACGACUUCUGGCUCCCUUCUGCCACCAAGCAGGCUGUUUUCUCAUGGCCUCAGAGGGAGUCAGAGGUCAGGAUGAAGCAGCCAAGAGAUAAGAAUAUUUUAAACACUGGCUGUCUUUUCAACUUUAGUAUCCAAGCUACACAGAAAAAAAAAUACAGAUUAGUGAAUAUAGAUAGGUUUUACCAGAAAAUUCCCAAAAUUUCUUGAUCAUGUAAAUAAAAGUCUCCAUUUAUAUGAGGUGUGUCCCUGUUAACGUGAAUAAUUCUUAGGAAAAAGUAGCUUAAAUAUAACUAAUGAUAUUUCCAAAAUACGAUGUCUGAAUGAAUUGUUCUCACAUGCGUUUUAUUUCUCUUUAUUUCUUAUGCCAGGAAUGUACUCGGAAACGAAUAGUCUUCUGUGGAGACUGCCUUACUCAUUUUAUACAGAAAUACUAACAUAGUAUGAAGGAGGCUAUAAUGGGUACCAGACACACCCCGGGGGAAAGGCUUAACAAUUCUUAGAAAGGUUGAUGAUUGACAAGAAAAAUGGCAAUAUAGCUUUGAUUUUUUUUCCUCCUUUGUAGUCUUGCAUCAGUACUGCAACUUUGGCUAUGGGGCAUCAACUAUUCUCAUUGGAACCGAACUGAAAUGUAUUUUGUACACGCCCUCCUUUAUAAUUCAACAGUUUUUGUUCUUAUAGAUUUCUAAUGGGUUUCCUCUCUUGGCUGUUAAUCUGUAGACACCAUUGCUGGGCACUCCUGCUUCACUCUAUUUCAGUCAAUCUGUGACUUGGGACCAAAACAGAUUUCAUUGUAACUCUUCACUCUAAAUUCUUCACACUUGUCUUUUGGUUAUUUUUAGACGUCAAAACACCUUCAAAUGAGAACUGUUACUGUCACUGAAGAGAUAGAAAGUGAAGCAGCCUAGGCUUGAGAUGCUUGCUCGUGGAGGACUUGUGCAGAUGUGUGUGGUGAGGGCAGCAUUACUGGCAUGUGUCCCCUUCCCAGGCCCAUCUCCUUGGGGAAUAUCCCGACUCAUUUUCCUAAAAAUAGACAUGUAAUCUCAUAUUUUUAAGCCUUGCAUUUUUUAAAAAAGGGCAAUGAUUGUGCAAAGUGCUCUAUAGUUGAGAUGUCUGUAGAAAAAUCACAAGGAUUACUUUUUGAACAACUUCUUAUUAUUCUUAGGUGCCUUUCAGUGUUCUUUUGUGAGCUAAGCACCUAUCAUGUGUUCUAUUAGCACUGUUACUUGCUAUCAGCUGGCUUUUAGAUAAUCCUGCCUAAGUGACAGGUUGAUGACAGUUUUUAAGAUAUUGCCUCUCCAAGUUAUAUUUCUGUUCACAGAGGGUGCUAGAAAAGCAGAGAGCCUCGCUGUGAGACUUUUAUGGAGGAACUCAGAGAGGACACGCAGAAUGCAAGGGAAAUACUUGAAGGCCUAGUUGAAAUUUCUGCCAUUCUGCUUAGUCCCUCCUUGAUUCACACUGUUACGCUCUAUUUGGCAAGAGAUUCUUGGGUUUGAGUCCAGCUGAAAAUUAGAAAGUCUUUUUGUAGUAUUGUCAUUGUCAACUUUCUCAGUUCAGUUGAUACCUAUGUGUGUGAAUGUUAAGUGUUAUGUUGUAUGUAUAAAUGUAUGUGUGUGUAUUACAUAUCCAUAGGAAUAUUUACGUAUUUGAAUAUGUUCAUAUAUAAACAUAGGUGUAUAUAUACAUAUGUAUUGCACGCACAGAGGCACACACACAGACAUAUAUAUAAUAUAUACAUAUUAUAUAUAUAUGAUAAAGUAGUACUGCUGGAGUAAUUAGGAAUCUAGAAACCCUUCUUUAGCAGGAAAUAAUGCAGGUCAAUAGCCUUGGCCUAGAUAGUAGCAAAAGAGAGAACACAAAAUUACAUCACAAUUACUUCUGAAAAUUAUUAAAAAGAAGUAACAGGAAGAACGGCAUUUCACAAUGGUCCUUGUCAGACCUCAGGAUAAAAAUGUUGAGUGGACAUCCCCAAAGGAUACUCCUGUUUAACAAAUGUUCAUUUCCAGAGGAUUCACUUAGAGUGCAGAGUCCUGCACUGUGGAGUGAGACCAAAGGAGCCAGUGUUUAAAAGGAGAAUUGCAGUGUGGUCUGCUUCCGUUAAAAUCCCCCUGCAGUAGUGUGGCACUUCAGCUUCCUAAUGUUUUAUCCUGAGAACGCCCAUCUCCUGAGGCCUUAUAUUCAGUAACUAUUCUUGAAAUUUAUCCCAUUUAUUUUCAGCAAAACCUUGCACAAUCCUUCUCUGGUUCUUGCAGAGCAGUGGUUUGAGCUAAUACAUUGAUUGAAACACAUCAAGGGUAGAAUUACACUGGUAUACAUUAGUAGCUUAAUAAGUUAGCAUUACUAGUGGCUGUUAGCAGAAAUUGGUAAUUGACUUGAUUAAAAGAAAAAGAUUCAAGCAACAGUUAUUUCAAAUAAAUCUGCCUGAUGAAAAAGUGCCUUUUCUUCCAUCCAUUGAAUCAUUCAUUCAUUUCCCUAUUACACCUCUUUCUUUCUUUCACCUUCAUGCUAUGUAGUCUAUUAACCAUAAAUAGAUGUCAUUGUACUGGGUUUUUCCAUUGGAGGAUCAGUGAUCUGGGUCAUUUAUAUCUGUAGUUUUAUGAUGAAUGAAUCAGAAUAGAGCAAUUUAAUUAAUCAUUUAAACAGAUUAUAUGAUGUGCCUCAAUACUUUAAGUAUUUUAUUGGAAUUAUUUGUUGUCAUUGUGUUUAUAUUAAAAUUUUAAGAUGCUGGCAAAAAUCAGGCUUUGUAACAUUAAACUGCUUUAAUAUCCUUUCUACAGACAACAUUGAAGGGAAUCUAAGGAAAUAGAAACACUGUGGGCACAAUCAGGAGACUAAUUCACUUCCUGUUGGAAGUGUCUCUAACCAGCACUUCCCAGCGUUUUCAGGCUUUUUACUUUAUUUUAUUUUAUUUUAUUAGGUCCCUGUAUCAAAUUAGAAUGAGUAUCGUAAGUUAAAUCACAGCCUUCUCUCACAUUAUUCUAAUCGUUAGAAGUUACAAAUGGGUUUCACAUGGUUAAAAUGUCUGUGUUGGUAGGGCUGUAUUUCUUUUAAGCAGGUAAGGAAAAAAAAAACCUAUUUUCUCGAAUUUUUCAGCGUUUAGAAGCUGCCUGAAUUCUGUGGCUUUCACCUGGCUCUGAUAUUCAGAGAUGUCAUUAAUUAGUUUCCAUCACAGUCUUUAUUUCUCUGUCUCACUCUGAUACAUUUGAGAAUGAUGAUUACAUUGAGUACACAUGGACUUUUUUUUUCUUUUUUUUUCAUGUUAUAUUAUCUUUAUCACUUUUUUUUUUAUUAACUUGAGUAUUUCUUAUAUACAUUUCAAGUGUUAUUCCCUUUCCCUUUUCCGGACAAACAUCCCCCUCCCCCCUCCCCUUCCUUAUGGGUGUUCCCCUCCCAACCCUCCCCCCAUUGCCGCCCUCCCCCCAUAGUCUAGUAAUGUUUAUUUAGUUGAUUGGGAAUUUUCAUUUUUCCUGCAAUAUUUUUGUGCCCAACUUUUUAAAUACUUAUCUUAUUUUGACUGAAUUUUUGUGUGGGGGUGAGGAGGUAUACUAGGGUGCUGGUGCUCUCAGAGACAGUGGAAGAAAUAGGAUCCCCCAUAGGUACAGUUACAGGCAGUUGUGAGCUAUCCAAUGUGUUCUGGGAACUGAGCCCUGGUCCUCUGCAAGAGCAGUAUGUGGUAUUAAUAGCUGAGACAUAUCUCCAGCCUUUUGUCUAAAAUCUUAAUGCCUCUUUGAGGAAUAUACAUCCAUUUCCUGAAUUAUGAAGGGAACAUCUUUGGGGGAUCCAUCCAAAUGUUUUAGGUUUAAUAAGUAAGCUCUAAAAAUUGAAUAAUCUCACUUUAAAAACCACGUGUUUUAUAUCAAAAUAGAAAUUGCUUGAUAAACAAUUUUUUUGUAUGAUGAAAAGUUUAUUUUCAUAUAGAAAACUUUAACCUAUUUUGAAACAUAGAGCACGAGAUUGGUUCUCAGUUUAGUGAUUUACUCUUUUAUAGGAUAACAAGGCUGAGGAAUUUUAUUAUUUCUUCAACUUCUAAACUAUAAACUAUCUGCAAAACCUAUGGUGUUGUGAUCUGGCUAAACUCCACUCAGAAACAGUAAAGAGUGGCCAAAUUUGAGGUGGAGUAGGUCUUAUUCUAUAUCUGUCUUUGUCCAAUCAUUCAGCUGAGUUGAACACUAUGUUUCCAGUAGGAUGUUUUAGGUGGUAGAAUGUAUAGUUGAUCCAUGAAUGAGAAAUUGCCAAGAACAGUGACUUUACUCCCUAAGACGACCCAUGACAAACUCCAUGGCAGACAUUUUCAGGGCCAUCUUGAAGGCAAUCUGAUGAAAUUAUAACUGAUACAAAUCAAAGUCUUCCCUUCUAAUUUCCAUGGUUGUGGUGUGCCAUCACAGAGUGCCACAAGGAUUAUUUUUGGAUACUACUAUUCAAUUGGAGAAAGGUUUAAUCAUUCAUUACAAAAGACCGUUCAGUCGGGUUUCUUAGAUGUAUUCUGUUUACUUCCCUGUAUAUGCAUUUUGUAUGAAAAUAAUGAAUCCAAGAUGCUGUAAUUUUUUGCAAAACAAAACAGAAACAGAACAAUGACUUUCCACCUCUGGUGCACACAUGCUAAUGUUGAUUUGUCUAUUUGUUUUGUAAAGUCUGGUAGUAGUUCGUGUCUCCUUUCCUGAAUGAACACAUUUCAGUAGGUUUGUGUUUUUUUACUUCACCAUGGAGGCAGGCUGAAGGUGGGUGAAGGAAAAGUCAGUCUUUGGAACUCUGAAAUGCAUUAAGCUUCUCUCUUGAUUUAACACAAAAUGAUCAAAAACACGUGCAUGCCUGGAGUUAUUCUAUUUUUUUCUAUUGUAAUCCUGGUGGGCUUUUUUGUAGCAGUGGUUCAGAAUACAUUAUCUUUGAAGUGGAUUCCAAUUGUCAAUAAAACAUGCCUGUAACAGUAUUCUUCUACGGGGAAGCAAAAGAGAAAAUAGAUAAGUGACUAUAUCGUUCUUUUUAGUACAAUGCCCACAAAACUCUACUAUGACUUUUGUAUUUCAUAUGCAACCCACUAUCCUUGCUGAUGAAAUUAUGGCAUCAAGAAAAAUAGUAAUGUGAAGUCAUUGAGUAAAACAGGUGCUUAUAAAAGAAUGGUGGUACAAUGAGGAUUAGACCAUGAUUUGGAUUUUGAAAAGUCUAUGUCCAUCUUCCUCUGUAUAAAUUUAGUGUAGAACAUAUCAGACUAUUAUUUAUGGGUUUCAUUAUUCUUUUUGGCAAAGGUGAUUCUAAUAAUAUCUGCACAGCUCGGGAGCUCAAGUGAGAGUAAAUAGGUGAGAGUAAUUUAUAAAUUGUAAACUGCUAUACAAAGUUUAUCUAUAUUUAGGGUACAGAUGCAAAGGAUGCUGUUAAUAUCCUACAAGUCACAGGGCAGCGACUCAUGACAAAAUUAUCCUACAACUGAUAUUACCAAUGACACACAAAUGAGGCCUUGUCCAAAUGUGAGUAAUAUCUGCCCUGGUUGAUUUUGCCAGACAAGGCAUAACAGAGAAAGGAGAAGCUUUUGGGAAGAGCAGUCUAAAGAGACCCUUCCUGUAUGGAGUGCAGUAUUGGGGAGUAAAACACUGACCUCUUCUUUUUUUUCUGUAUUUUUAUUUAAGAUUUAUUUUUAUUUUAUGUAUUGAGUGAUUUCCUGUCUAUUUGUAAGUGCAUUUGAUGCAUGCUUCUUGUCCUUGGAGGCCAGAAAAGGAUGCUGGGUCCCUUGGAAGUGGAGUAACAGCUGAAUGUAAGAUACUAUGUGUGUGCCAGGAAUCGAACCUGUGCCCUCUGUAAAACCUGAGUGUCCUCUUAUUCACUGAGCUAUACAGCCAGUCUUCUUUUGUUUUUAACAUAGCAAAUGGUUUUCCCUUGGGAAAACACAGCGGUAAUCCAGGAGACAUGGGAUUUUUGAGCAUUUGGUUUGACCCGCAUGGAUCUUGAUCACACUGGGAAUGGAAAAAGUGGAGAGUUAGGAUAUAGCAAGAAAUAAGAGAGAGCUAGCCUUCAACUUUCUUAGAUUAAAUGUCUAUGCAGAACAUCAUCUAUAUUCUUAAAGGAGUCAACUCUAGAUAUUUAUUUGGAAGGCAGAAUUUUCAGAAAUAUAUUUGUAUUUCUGUACGUUUGUAAAAUGUGCAGUUAACAAAUUUUCAUUUUAGAUGGCGUGGGUUUUUUGUCUGAAUAUACAUAUAUGCACCAUGUGCAUUUCUGAUGCCCAAGAAUGGCAGAAAAGGGUGUUGGAUCCUCUUCAACAGGAGAUACAGACAGUUGUUAGUCAUCAUGUAGGUGCUAGGAAUGAAACUCAGGCCCUCUGUAACAGCAUCAGUGCUUUGUGUCUGACUCAGUACCACUGAGUCACCUCUCUAGCCCUGACUUUUCUAUAUGUACGUAUGCAAACAUUUAUGUAUGUGAAUGCUGGAGGGCAUGCCUCGGUAGCAUCAGAGGUCAACUUCAGGUGUCAGUCCUUGCCUUACACCUUGCCUGAGGCAGGAUCUCUUUGAUAUUUUUUCUCCUGUGUACUCCAGAUUAAUUGGCCCAUGAACUGCUAGAAAAUCUUUUGUCUCCCCAUCCUAUCUCUUUAUGGGUAUGCUGGGAUUACAGAUGCCUGAUUGUACUAUGGGAUACUUCUGGCUUUUAGGUGGUUCUGAGGAGUCAAAUUGAUGUGAAGCAUUUUUCCUCACAAACCUCUUCGUGUAUAUUCUUCCCUUGAGAUUUUUGUGUUCAUCGGUCGUAUUAAAACAUAGAAGGCUUCUAGUUAGACAUUGUCUUUCUUCAUUUAUGUUGAGUCAUUCAUUCACCAAGUUCCUGACAGGUACUAAUCUAGAGACAGGGUAUAUAAAAAAUUGAGAGCAAAAUGGUGUCUAUGUUUGAAGACAGUAUUAGAAGUGAAAGGUACUGCAAUACUUGGAGCGAUGAGGAAUAAAGCUGUGGGUGUAUGAAGGAGUGAGGAGGAAAGGCUCAGUUAUGUAUAGUUAAAGCUCUUUCAGAGUGGGUAAAAUUCAUUGAUGUCCUUAUGACAAAUUGAUGUUUUUUGACAAAGGAAACAGGAAGAGUUAGAGGAAUACUGAGAGGAAUCCCAUGUGAUGGGAUGGAAUUGGUAAGAGAUGAAGCUGUAAUGUACACUAGAGUUUCAAUUUACAAGUACUAGAACUUUAAAGAAUUAAGCCAUUGAGCCAGUGAUGCUAUAAAUGUGCAAAAUGAAUUCAUUUUAAGAAAAUGGUUUUCACCAUUAUACCCUUGAGUGGUACGAGUCAUUCAGAAAUUUGUCUUUACAAUCCUUCAAAACAAUAUCUUACCAUUGAUUCUGCACCAAUUCAAUUGUUUCUGAGAGAGCUUAAUUUACUGAAGAUUUUUCUAAAACAUUUUGAUCAUCAGAAGUGACAGUACUUAAGACCCACCCUUUGCUAUCCUAUUAUAAUUAGAGUCCUGGAAGAUCAAAGACACCCACCAGACAUAUUUUGAGGAUAAGAGUCUCACAUCCUUUUCUCAACUAUAAACAUUCUUUAAAUCCUCACACACAGUAGAAAAUAUUUCUUGUGUCAUUGGUAUAUAAAGUUAGAAAACAGUUAUAAUUUGAGAACAUAUUGUUUUAACGUACAAACUGUGUAACUGGGUUUCAAAUGACAUGUGCUUGUUCGUAACUUUAAUUGUUAUUGUUCUUAGUCUUUUAUAAUUUAUUAACCAUCAUAUUUCCUCCUGAAUAGAGUUCCAUGCCUUUAGAUGGUCAAUGUACAGGUUUGCCAUAUGCAUGCCCUUUUGCCUGAACACAUUUUUUUGAGACAUAGUCUCAUUAUGUACCCUGGUCUAUCUUGGAACUCACUGUGUAGUCUAGGCUAGCCUCAAACACCUUUAACUCCUGAGUCCUGGGACUUAAAGGCUUAUACCAUCAUACUCAGGUGAAAAACUUGAUAUUUAAGAAACUUUAGAAGAGUAUCUUUAGAACUGCUAUAGAUUUCUUUUGUCUACAAACUUCUAUGUUUUUUAAUUAAAAAUUCAAAGAUUUUUUUGCUAUAUAAUUUCCUUUUUGUUCACACUCAUUAAAAAAUGUAAACUCCCCACCUAGUUAGAAGUUUAAAUUGAUGGCCAUAUUCAUACUAGAAAUCACACCACAUAGUUAUUUUAGGAAAAAAAAUCUGCCUGAUUAAUCCUUCAUUAUCUACCUCUCUCUUCUUUCAAUUGUUUUCUAUUUUUGCUGACUUCCUUGGUCUUAUAAAGGGGGAUCUCUGAUGGUCUUUUCAACAUACUUCUAAACAAAGGACUUGAUCCAAAAACCAAAGAAGUAAUGACCAUUCCAUUGUGUUUUUCCUUUUCCACCCUGAACAUGAAAACUUGAAGGAAAAUUUUAGCAUUGAGAUUUCUGCCUCUGAAAGUAAUGAAUGCUAAAUGUUAUCCCUUAUUGUGAGGGGAGUUAGCAUUGCCAGUCAAUAACGGAAAAUGUGUGUGCUGCUUUGUAUAUUUACUAAGUUGUUUUCAAUAAGCAUGGAAGGCUAGAGGUUGGCAGUUAGUGGUGGAUAAAUCAGUGACAGAAAUUUGAUGGUCACUCCAUUGCUCUUAUCUAGCUCUUACCUUUAGGGCUAAAGUAAUAUCUAGAGGGUGGGACAAAUUGUAUUGAUAAAUGGUGGCUCUAUAUAAAAUGGAGUAUUAAAAUAAAUGUCUACUUAUUCUUCAAGGAAUGCCUUAGUUAGAGUUUUUAUUAUGUUACAACAACACUAUGACCAUGAACAAGAAGAGGAAAGCAUUUAUUUCAGUGUAUACUUACAUGUCAUAAUGCAUCAUCAGAGGAAGUCGGGGCAGGAACGCAAACAAUGAAGGAACCUGGAGUCAGGGUAUAAUGUAGAGGUCAUGAAAGAGGACCACUUAUUGGCUUGGUCUUUAUGGCUUGCUCUGUCUGUAUCGUAUACCAUCCACUGUGUGAUUUGCUCUUCUCUAUCAACAAUCAAUCAAUAACAUUCCUACGGGCUUCCUCCCAAGCCAAUCUUGUGGAGACAGUUUCUCACUGGACACUCCCUCUUCUCAAAUAACAGUAGCUUGGCUCAAAUUGACAGGAAACUAGCCAGCAGAAGGAGUUAAAUAAAUGACAUGCUUCUGCAACCCAAUUUAAAGAGAUUGACUUUAGAGAGUAUUGGAACUUCCUGUCACAAAUUUUGGGAAGUUCUGAAAGUUAUAAGAAGCUUUCAGUUUUCAGAAACCCCUGAUUAAAAGUAUUAAUGCAAGUGGAAGAGGUCUCACUUGGCUUGCAUGGAAGUUCAUAUACUGUAUAUGUCAGCACCAUGCCUUAGUGACUGCUUAUGUCAUUAUGAACAAUAGUGGAUUGUAAAAGACAAGGCCAACCCAUUUCUCUUAAUGUCUCCACACAGGACCCUCUUUAUUUCGGGCACAUAUCUUACUUCCCUUCAAGUAACUCUAACUGUAAAAGGAGAGCUAACCUUAAUAGCUCUCUUCUAUUGAUAUGGAAGUAGAAUGAAAGAACUUUAGUAACACAGGUAAAUACUGUUAUUUAGGAAUAUUUUCCCAAACUUUAAUAUAGUUAAUAUAUCAAAAAACAUAUGAAGAGGAAGUUCAGAUACUACCGAGUUCAUAUAUCUAUGUUCAUACUGGCAAUCAUGUAUCAUUUCUUAGUAAUUCACUUUGGAUAUGUGGAGACGCUGAGCAACCAUUCUGUACGGUGCCAUCACAUAUUCUGUGCCAUGUGCCCAGCUGUCACAAAGCUCACGGUGAGGCUGAGCUGGGUUGACAGGAACACUUUCCAAGCUCUGCUAGAGAAUAAGUGGGUUCUUCUAUGAUUCAGUAUUUAUAACAUAAUAACUCUUAUUCAUAUUUUCUCUGUUUCUAUUCUAUUCUAGUGUAGAAUAAGGACACAUAUUUGUAAUAUCUGUGUUGAGUUUAAGAAUUGUCAUAAAGCGAUGGAGAUGUAACUCAGCGGGUAAUGCUUGCCCACCUUUACCAGGCUUCAGUGCUCGAAGACCUUGAGUUUAAAUUCCAGCACUGUACAAACUGGAUAUGAUAGAGGUCUAUAAUACAGCACUUGGGAGUUAAGAGGCAUGAUAAUUGGAUAUUCAAGGCCAAUCUCAAUUCUGGGCUUCAUAAGACCCUUUGUAAACAAACAAACAAAAGAAUUAGAUGGAGUCUCUUCCAGGUGUCUCUCUUUAAGGUGCUGUCUUAGUUACUGUUCUACUGCCGUGAUGACACAGUAGAACAAGGCAACUUAUAAGAGAAGGCAUUUCCAGAGGGUAAAUCCAUUGUCAUCACUGUGGGGAGCAUGGGGAAAGGCAACUAGGCAUGGUGUUCAAGAAGAAGUUGAGGGCUCAUAUCUGAUCUCCAGCAGUGAGGCGGGACAGAUGCAUACAGAGACAUACAGAGACAGAGACACUGGAAAGAGACAGAGACAGAGGGAGAGAGAGACAGAACCACAAACAGAGAAACACAGAGACAGAGAGACAGAGACGGAGACUGGCCUAGACCUUAAUGUUUCCUUUCGAUGUCAUAUAUCCUCCAGCAAGGACACACCUCCAACAAUACCACAUAACUUCCAAUCCUUCCUAACCAAUUCCAAGCAUUUAAACACAUGAGCCUAUGGGGGGCUUUCCUCAUUCAAGCCACCACGACUGUAAGCAUAGCGAACUUCUGAGUUUACUGCACUCACAAAUAAGAAUGGUAUUAACAGACUUGAUUCUACAUCUAACUUGAAAUAUAAUGCCUGAAUUGUAUUUGAAAUGCUAUGAAUUUUACUGAUAAAGCUUCGGCCUCUCUCCACAGUAUUAAUAAUCUCAGAAACUACUAAAGCAAAAACGCCAUACGCUUUUACAAUGUUUUGUUAGUAUGACUCAUUGGUAACUGCACAGGCUCACAAAUUAGAAUCAGGGCGAGCAAUCUGUGUCCACUUCUAUCUGGAAGUAGAUGCUCCUUUCUUUUCUGUUUGCAAGCAGAAAGGUUUGCCGCAAACACUGGGAUUUCUAUGGAGGGAGGAAGCAGUAGUCUCAGGCAUUACAGUUGGCCCUCACCAGGACUCAUUAGAACAGUGUCCUUAAGUAAGUUUAGCUCCCCGUCAACCUAGCAGUGGAAGUCAUUUGUCAAGUGAGGAGGAAGACGGUUGUCCUGGCCCAGUGAUAUGAAGAAAACUGUGUCAUCGUCUCAUGUUUCUUUUCCUCUGUAGAAAACAUGAUGUAUUGAUUUAUUUUAGAUUGUUUAAUGUCUACAGUGUUUUAUGCUUACAGAAGUUAAAUUGUGAGGUGUUAAUGUGAAUGAAAUUCACACUUAGUGCAGGGGACAUUAGGUGAGGACAAUAAAUCCUGUCUGGUUCAAGGUACUUUCAUUGCUCUUAAAAAUGAAGGUCACACAAUAAUAAGAUUCAGGGCAGUACGCAAGACAUUUAAAGAGAUUCAUCAUUUUCGUACAGUGCACAGGCAUCCAUCCUUCUAAAGGAUUCUGGCAUUUUAUCUUCAAUUCAAUUUGGUGGUUAAAUAUUUUAACUCAACCCUUUAGAAGUGCUUUUUCUUUUCCAUAGUCUGGUUAUAGAUGGGAGGCUAAAAUUUCCCAUUGGGACUUUGGGCAAUUUUCAUGGGGGUUUAUUCUGGGUUAAGGUGUAUGCGGAUGGAUUAUCCCAUUUUACCUUUAAAAAAAUACCACUUUCUGGGAAUGAAGACACUGAGAUUUGCAGUUUUAUAGUUUGUCCAAGAACACAGUUAGAAAAUGGAGAUCUGUUUCUGUCAAGAUCAGCCACAGGCCCCACCAGCAUCUCAUGGUGCUUGUGGUCAUCUGAGGUACUAGUGUGUAUUUGAAAUUCAUAUAUGGUUGAUCUGAGGAAUGUAGACAAUCCAGCUGUUUAAAAUAACUGGUGCUUUGUUUUUCCAUAAGUGGGCGUUCUCUUUUCCUGCCGUCCUCAUCUGCUCCUGGUGGCUCCAAGGACUGGAACAAUUGUAGUGUUCCCUGAAGCUUUUUGUUUGUUUUGUUGUUGUUGUUGUGAAGACAUUUAUGAGUGAGGGCCUGGUACUCAUGUCUCAUUGCCUUCGUUUCACUGUUGGCAGUGGGUUUGCUGCUGUGUCUCCACUUCUAUACCUGUCCUCGCCGAGUCACGGCUCACCCGGGGGAUCUGCUCUCAUUGUCUUGCUGGACUGUCUAAAUCUAUACUCCCAGAGCUCAUGGGAGCAGCUGCCACUACAUCCUGUGUGUGUUCCCACUUCUCAACAUUUCUCCUUUGUUGUAGCCCCAGAGCUUCUAAAAGGAUUAUGUUCCUUAUUUUAGUAGUCACCACCUACAAGAAGAAUGACAAGGCAAUUUUCGCCUGUAUUUGAAUCUUUCGUCUCCAUGUGUCCACUGAACUCAUUCUCUGCCUGUUGCUGCAUACCCUGCUUGCUCCUUGGAUUAGCCCCACCCACCCACCCACUGCCCACGUUAUCCUGCCUUAAAAAUCAUCGCAGGGGAUGGGACUUGUGUUUCAGAUGAGUACUUCAGGACCCACACGCAGGGUGGAACGAAGGUUGUGGAACGAUAAAAAGAGGUCGUGAGCAGGUGGCAUUUCUCAGUUGUUUCUGACCCGCUCUGGUUAAAACCACGGGAGCCCUGUGUUCUUUGCCCAGUAGGACUUUCCCCUUGCCAGAUCUCAGUCUUUGUACAUUUCUUUGUCUCCAUGUGAAAUGAUUUUGAAUCCUUCCUUAGGCCUCAGAAACACACUCAUGUUUCAUGACUCAGCUCAAAUGUCACUUCCCAUCAAUGUGUUCCCUGUCUCCACCCACGCCCAAUGAGUUGCUCUCCUUCCUUCAGUCUCUGUUCCACAAGCACUAACACUCUGCCUUACAAUUACAUUUCCACACGUCUAUUCCCACAGUAACAUGACCUUUUCAAGAAAAAAACACCACAUUAAAUUUAUCACUGAAUUCAUAACGCUGAAGCCUACUGUACCUCCAGUGAAAGUCUGUGGAAUGGUUGGAGACAUUGAAUGAGGAAAUGUAGACAAAAACACUCCUUUAUCACAUAAGGCUGCGGUCUGUGCAGGACACUGCUGACGUCACUAGGAUACAACAAAGAACAGCCUUGUUAAAAAAAUAAACAAGAAAGUUAAGUAAUCACAGACAACUUACAUGUUACUGGGAGGAUUCACAUAAUGAUUGAUGGAAAUCAGCAAAGUAUAAAUUUAGAUGGUAACACUUAUGAAUGCUGAGUAGAGAGAACGGAUAGGUAGAACGUGCCAAGCACACAUUUAGUGGGGGUUUAUACAUAACUCAGAAAAGGCCCAGAGAAGAGGAUGUCUGAUGAAGACUGAAAGUGUAGGUUGAAGGGAAACUUAGACAUAGUUUUUCAGGCAGACGAGAGCAAACACGGGGAAAAGAGAUAGUCAUGAGAUACUAGAGGCUUCUUGGUCCGUCGCACCAACAGAAGGACCAGUGCAGAAGAAGUGACUUAUGGGAGAAGUAGUACCAGACAGAUAGGGAUAAAUUAGGAGAGACCUAGAGUACAGAUCACCUUGGACCCCUUCUUUGUUUUUCAUGUGUGUGUCUGUAUGGUGUGUGUGUGUGUGUGUGUGUGUGUGUGUGUGUGUGUGUGUGUAUGCUUUGCAUUUUGUGUCUUCAUAGAUGUACGGUUGUGUGUAUAAGUGUUUGGGAGUUCAUGUAGCAAGCCUGAAGUUGAUGUUAGGAAUUAUCUUCUAUCUCUCUACCGCCUUGAUCAUUGAGCCAGCGUCUCUAAAACACUGUUUGGGGCCAGUUUUGUCCUCACUGGCUUGCUCUGAGAAUCCCUAUCUCUACCUGUAGAAGCAGGAAUUAUUGCCAGGUACCCAAACCCACACAUUUAUUUAUAUGACUUCCGGGUAUCUGGAUCCUGUUCCUUAAAUUUGUGCUGCAAGCACUGUGCAGUGCUUGACCAACAUCCUAACUCCCUACGCUCAACUUGGGGUUCUAUCAUAUGAUUCCGCAGAAGGCUAGCAGACAGGAAGAUAGCUUUCAGCAUUCCAUACUGUCUCCAACAUACCCUGCUUCGGGUGCUGCUGGUGAAUUUGUGACAUUGGCUUUGAAAAACUCAUAGAAGGCUUAUGACAUCAUCGUUUAUCUCCCCCUACAUAUGUAUGUGGAAGAAGUCAAGACAAAACCCAGUCACAAGCCACAAAUCCUGCAAUAGCCUGACUGGUAUGUGAGUACUGGAGGCAGACAGUGGAUGUUCCCUGCUCCUGCAGUUAGACAGGGAGAAGAGACAAAGCUUGCAAGUGCAUGGCAUUGUGUGUCCCUAGGCAACUGCGGGCGGCUCAAUACUCCUUUGUAAAAGGAGAUGUGAGCGGAUGCUGUAUGUGGAAUUAUUGGGAUGGCGCUUUAACCCAUUCAGAUAGAUUCAUUAAAUAACCGCAGUGAAACAAUUCCUCUUCAUUUUGCCCGUGUGCCUCUCUCCAUUUGCCUUCCUUUGGAAGGCUCUGUAAAUUGCUCAGAACAUCGCCUCUAUCUGUCCCGAGAACAUAUUGCCAUGUCAGACUUACCUUGAGGUUAAACACUUUACUGGAGAAAAAAAAGAUGAUACCGGGUGUUCAGAACUAAAUGGGUUGACUUUUAGGACGCUUUGAAAGCAAAGGACCUUUGAAAGACAAAAGGAAGCUAAUCAAACAGCCAGCUUCAUGCCAAUGUGUGUUUUAUAAAGAUAGAUAAUGUUCCUUGUUUCUAAGACUAGAGAAAUGACAUAAAUUGAAUAUUAAUAUGUUGGGUGUAAAAAUUUUAUCUCUAUGUGGGAAAAAUCAAUUGUAUUUUUUUUCUGAAUCUUAGCUAACAUUCUAUUAUGAUAUUAACAUAUUACUAGACUAUAGAAACUCUAUCCAUGUGUCUAUAAAUACAUGAUACAUUUUAAAAGACUUGAGAAUUUUAUGACUCAGUUUAAGUAAAAAAAUUAUGAAUGGAUUAAGAAUGGGUAAAUGUUAUAUUAGAAAAGUGUAUCCAAAUCUAUGUCUAAAUCUAUAUCUAAUCUAUACAUCAUCUGUAUCUAUAUCUAAUCUAUUUUUUAUGUAUUUGAUGUACAGAGAUCUUCAUAUUAAUACAUGUAUUUCAGUUUUUUGGCAAUAUCUAAAUGUAGCUCAAAAGGCUGUUCUUUUCUUUCUCUUGAUUUUUUUCUAAUCCAGAACAUUCUAUAUAAUGAAAUUUAGGUCAUGUUUUCAAUAAAUCUGACCUUGAAACGCUGACAUCACCUCUCCGCAUUAGAAGAGAGUGCAGGGCACACUGGUCCACAUAGUUGAGAACAUUACAAGAUGUAUUAAAAAUUCAGUAAGUGUGGUAUUUGAACUUCAACAAAUGUUGGCUUCUCCAGGUCAGUGUUCCUACUUUGGGGAUUUUUAUAGGUGGUAGAUCUCAUCUCAGCGGUUAUUCCGAACAUUGUCUUUCUAUUGAUGAAGGGGUGGAACACAAAUGAAGACGUAAGGGUAGAGGAAAUGGGAUAUUCUAAGCCUCCAAACAUUCAGCCAGCCAGCUUACACUCUGUCCCUGCCCUUCUGUGAAGUCAUUCAGGCUUCUAGUCCAGUCUUCUUUAGCUGUGACUUUAUUUUUCUUCCACUAUUUCAAAUCUCCUCUCCAGAUAUCUUAAUGAUUUAUUUAUUUUAUGGGAAUUGAUGUUUUCCCUGCGUAUAUGUCUGUGUGAAGUUGUUGGAUCUCCUGUAGCUGGAAUAACAGACAGUAGUGAGCUGUCAGGUGGGUGCUGGGAUUUGAACCCAAGUCCUCUGGAAUAACAGUCAGUGCUCUUAACUGCUAAGCCAUGUCUCCCUCUCUAGGGAUCUUGGAAAGUGGUAGAACUCUUCUUUGCAGAGUGUCAGUAAGAAUCUAUUAUUUUCUCUUAAUAAUUGAUUGAUAGUGGUGAUCGGAGUUGGGCAUUAAUGCAAAUACUAGUGGUCUUUUAAAAAUUAAUUUGUAGGAAAAUGCAGAUGUAGUUUUUCCAACUGAUGAGAAGAGUUUUACUUAUACGUUUUUGUUUGAUUUUUUUUCUUUUGCCUUUUGCCUUUCGCCUUUUGUUACUUUACUGGUUCUGUCAGCUGAUAGAAUAAAUUAAUAGCAAUUUUUCUUUAUGACACUAAUGUGAAGAUUGAGUAGACAUCCAUGCUUCUUGUGACUCUGUAUUGAUCAACUUUAAUGUAUGAAAUUUUCUUUAUUCAAAAGUGUAUUUAUUUUUAAUUAUGUUCCUUAAUGGAUGAAAUGACUUCCUGAGCCAUGACACCAUUCAAAGGGUCUAUGGCAUUGAUGAGCCUCCCUAACCAAGCACAGGGGAGAACUACCAUGCAACCAGCCUUCUCGGGGUGAUGUGUGCUACAAUGAAGCUAUAUAUCUUACAUAGAGACAUAUCCAGGUGGAUGGUGUCCUGUGAGGUCAUAAAAACAUGCAUUCCUCCAGUCAUAAUUGGAAUUCUGCUUACAGCAUACAUUAACCAAGACCCAUAUGCUUUGGUUCUAUUUGCAAAGAGAGACUUUUGUAAGUUCUCCAUGUGGUUUGGUGCUUGCCCAGAGAAACUGCCCUUUGUUUAAUAGGCAGGACUAACGUGUGUGGCACCACACUCUCAUUAGACACUAAAUAGCAAUGACUGAAUCUCUUAGGGAUUUUAGGUAGUGCGGCCAGAUGAGACUGGCUUCUUGACAAAACUUAAUAAAUGAAGCCUCAGGGAAACAGUUUUUACCUUUUUUGUUCUAGAAGGAUUCACUCAGGGAGAUUUUAAGGAAGUGACAUUCUGCUCUGCAUAUCUCAGCAGGGGCCAUGCGACUGCUCUCCCAAAAGUCACACUGGGUCAUGCUAAUGGAAAAACAACUUAGAGCAGCACUGUGAUGUAUUCCUAAUGAAAUCGGUACCUGCUAUAAGUAAAAGUUUUCAGCAGCCAUCUUAGUAUAGUAAGAAGUGGAAUGAAUUUAAUACCGUACUUAACAUUAACCACAAAUAUAUAAUAUAUUUAAUGUUAAUUGAUAUAAAAUUAUAAAUGAAGGUCUGGAGAGAUGGCACAGUGGUUUAAAAUACUGAGUGCUUUCCAGAUGACCCUGAUUUGAUUAUUAACACCUACUUGGUGACUCACCAGCAUUUGUUACUCCAACACAGAGGCCCCAGUGCUCUCUUAUGUCCUCUUAAGGCAGCAGGUACAGAUGUGGUGCACUAUGUGCUAUCAGAGAACACCUGUACACAUGAAAUAAAAUGGAAAAAAAAACUAAAAAUGAAACACAGUCUUUUAAAGUCUGAUAUGUAUCUCACAAUUAAGUUGGGCUAGCAUCAUGGCAAGUGUUCAAUGGUUAUCUGGAGCAAGUGACCACUUGGUUACUUACUACAGUCUGAGUUGAUUACUUUCAAACCCAUAAAAUAAACUUUCAAUGUGAGGAGGACCAAGUGAAACUACCCCACUCUGUCUAAAUAAGAAUGUGUUUAAUACUGUAUUGCAUGCUCCACACUAUACUCAGUUUAUAACAUGCAUCAUAUAUAAAAUUCACGCAACAGGAAUGUGAAUUAGAUAGGCUAUCUUGUCUAUUUGGCAGGGGAAGAAUUGCUUUUAGCAUUUCCUUUGCCUGGAAGUCACAAUGGAGAUUAGAGACAGAACCGGUUUGAAACAAUAUUGGAACACACCUGCUAACCACCCUUGAGGACCCUCUGCAACACUUUGGUGCAUUCUUAGGCAGCUACGUGAAUCAAUGCUUCCCUCCUAUGUGAAAGCACUGUUGACGUUCAGAAGACUGUGUCUGCGUGAUGUAAGAAUAGUGUGACGUAUAAGCCAGAGUUAGUUGGACCUGUGCUUACAGAUCCAUCAUUCAGGUAUCUCGAUCUCCCAGCAUCCUUAAAACGAUAGCUGGACAACCACAUAUAAAACAUUUCAUAAAAAUUUUGAAGCUAUAUUAGCAUCUUUCUUAUAUAUUUUCAUCUUCUAAGAUUAGUGAUUGCUUUUCUUCUGAGGCAAUAAGAAACAGCCGUCAAUAUGCAAAGCUGUUUACUGACUAUUAAUCACUGUCCAACAUAGAUGGAAGAUUUCAUAAUGACUAAGUUGAUGCAACAUACAAUAAAACUAAACUGCGGCCUAAACUUUUUAAGGGCAUGGCCUUUUGCAUGUAAUCACUUGGCUUAAGAAGGUUAUGUGUGGAAAGUCACUUCUUCUUAUCGUCCCAUGCUUCCUGAACUCCUGGGAUGAAUGUCUCCAUUAAUUUUAUUUCUGACUCAUUUGACUAAGAAAGGACUCUCUUUGCUUUUAAUAUUGCCAAAUACUCGAAGAUCAAUGGUGGCUAUUAAAUUUACAUAGUUUACCUCUUGAGGAUUUUCAAAGACCAUAGAAAGCAUUUUUUUCCCAGACAGAAAACUUUCUCUAAUUGCUGUUUUGCAGUAGAUCCUUAGAUUAAAGCAGCAAGUCUUUUGAAAAUUUCAAGGUAGCUGUGAAAUCUAGAAUUAAUAAAAACACAAAGUUAACCUAACAUUUUUCACUGUUAUUAUGAGCAGAACCAACUUACUGAUUUUUAUUUAUCAUUGGAGUGAAUCUACAUAUAAACAGAACAUUCCAAACUUGAUUACAUUCUCUAGUGAGAAAGGUGUUGAUAAAUGAUUUAAACAUACUAUGACUUAAAUGUUAUUUUUUAAAAAUAUAUUCCAUCUGGACUUAACUGCCUGCCUCUAUUUUUUUAUUUUUUUACUUAUUCACUCUACAUUCCACUCACUGACCCCCUCCUGUUCACCCCCUUUCACAAUCUUUCCCCCUUUCCUCCCACUUCUCUGAGCAAGUGGGAGCCCCUGUGGGUAUACCCUCACCCUGGCACAUCAAGUCUUGUUUGUAUCAUUUUUUUUAGUAUCUAUUUAGUGUGUGUAUGUGUGUGUGUGUUUGUGCGUGUGUGUGUGUGUGUGUUUGCAUGCUUGUGUGUAUACAUGUAUGUAUACAUGUGGACACAUGAGUGUCAAGUGGCAGCAUUCAGGAGUUGGUUUUCUUCUUUCACAUCUGGGAUAGCUCUGAGAUAGCUCUGAGGUAGUUCUCAGUCCUUGGUGCCAGUGACCUUUACCUGUAGAGCCAUCUCACCAGCACAAACAGGAUUAUUUUAAAUCUUUAUUUUCUAGUCCUGGGUGUAAAGAGAUUAGUCAAUGAGGACUGCUUCUUACAAGCAUACCCAUAGCAGAAUUCAGACUGGAGUCACAGUACUUUUACAGAUGAUUUCUUGGAAAGCUCUCCAAACAAUUCAGGGUAAACUCAUUUGAAUAUCAAGCACUCUCUACAACUGCUUACAGGAAAUUGUCUACUGCUGUAGCAGGUAAACAAGGAAGCAGAGGGAGAAACGUCUCCUAAUGUGGAGGGCACAUUCAUUACCCAGCCAGAGAGUUGGGGUUUUAGCAACUACCGCUGGUACUCCUGGGGAUAGCUGUCUAGUCAGAAGUAGGAAAUGCUAUCCCCGGGAGACUCUGUUAGCCUGGGACUUCAGGAUACGUUCUGUUUUUGAUCUCUGCUGUUUCUCAAAUCCCUUCUCAUUAAUGAUGAAAUAGGGUCUCAAUAAUCUAAAAUACCAUUUGGAAAGAGAAACUGAAGGAUUAUUCUGUUCACCUGGUAGUUGUUGGGUACCUAACCUUUUUACGUUUGUAUGUUUGCUUGCCGUAUGGCACAUUUGGCAUUUCAAACACUAAUUCAUCACAUAACGUCUCACUACUAUUUGGGAUGAAAGUAAGAUGAGACACGGGGUGGGAGGGGCACAUGGAGUAGGGAUUUUCACACGAUUUCCAAACAUCUACUUUCUCACCUAGAACUUGUUUCUUACUCAAUUCAUUAUUGUAACAAGCAAUCCAUGCAUUUUUAAAGCAUCAGUACCAGAAACAUGUGGUUUGUUAAAGAUAGCUAUAUUCUAUUUUAAGUAGUAGCCAAAGAUAAGAAAAACAUACAGGUGUAAGAAUCUUGGCAUAAGUAAAUAUCCUCAAAAUAGGAUUCCAUCAACUCAUUUUUAAAAUAAAAUUUUUAAUGUUUAAAACCUAUGGUAACUGAAUCUUUGUUCAUCUUGUGUUUUAGAACUCAGCUUAUAGGAAACAUAUUUUCAGAAGAAUUCACUUAAAAUCGUUAAGUUUCUGCUUAAAAGGCGUGUUAGCAGGUAGAGCAAACUUGUGGGUAUCAAAAGUCCAUCCUUAUACCUAAUUUUCAGACAUGAUUCAAAAACAUAGUAUUAUAAGCUAUGUACAGUUUAUAGUUUGCCCUCACUGGUUUAUCUAUGCAAUAGGACAUAGUCAAUUCUUGAAAGCAGGUGUUUUCCCUCAAAGACAUAGAAGUUACUGCAAAAUUUCAUGUGUUCGUUAAAUGGAAUGAAGCCUGUGAAUGAAACUGGUUAGUUUUGAGAUACCAGCCUUGUGGUUCACUGUGUAAGGGGAGCACAGAAGUCAAGUUCUACCUAAUGUGUUGAUGGGUGCAAUGAAUGUUGGGCCUUUUUGCUCACUUUUAUUGCAUGGAUAUUUUAUCUAAAAAAUAUCCUCUGCAAGUGAGAUAGUUUUCUCCGGGGAGGCAGAUUGAAGGUUUGGGGCACUUAGCAUGUUUCAUGGUUCUUGCAUUUAUGUGUGAACAACUAUAAUGACACUUGUCCAUCUUGUGCUGCAUAUUGCUUCUGAAAACUGCCCAGAAAGACACAUGUAAGUCCAUAAUAUCAGAGAGCCAGCUUGAAUAAUCCCUACUACCUUCAUAUAUGAAUCUCAUUUCAUCACCUCAAAUCUACAAAGCCUGGUGAUGCCAUCUGGUGUCUUUGUGUGUAGUGCUCCUAGCCUUCAGUCCUGUAAUAGAGGCUCCAAUUGUUCUUACAAGGAUUUCUAUAAUGCAUGAAUUUUAAUUUUUUCACUUUGUUUGUUUCUUUAGACUCAGGUACCUUUGACUGCCCUUCGACACACAUACAAAGUUUUCCUCUCCCUGACUUUGUUCAUGGGUUUUAAGUUAAUGCUUAGAGCAGAGAUAAUCACAGUGCAGAUAAUUUUGUGGGCCUGGGGAAAUAUUCUUUCCUUAACUCAUUUGCAAUUGUGUUCCCAGCUCUUCAAAUUUGAGAAUCUAAAUGAGAAAUCUAAGAUGUCAAGAAUAAAUAAAAGUAUAUGUGAUUUCCACAGACAUAUUAAUAUGUUCUACAUAGUAAACCUUUUACUUUGUUUUCCAGUGCCAGUGUGAUGGCUGCAGGUGGGUGACAGCACUGGGUGUUUUAAUAGUUGAGAGAGUUGAGAAAGGUACCAAAGGAGUUGAAGCAAUAAUGACUUCAGAUAUUCAGGCUGAUUAAUUAGACAUCCUCCCCCACCCAUUGCUAGCGUUUUUACUGGAAGGCUGUCUGUUCAGCUUAGGCAAUGCGUCAGUCAAUGAGGUGGGCCAAUUAUCUAACUUGCAUAUUUAUAAUUGGGAGGGAGUAGGGAAGAUCCAAAUUGCCUUGAGACCCAAAAAGGAACCAAAUGACGCCGGUUAAGAGGCACUAGUAGGCUUUGAUAAGACGUCACAGGAAGGAGUGGUUGGGGAUAUAGUCCCAGAGGAAUCUUUUCUUUUAUAAAUAAGAAAAAAAAAAAGAAAGAAAGAAGUAAAAAAAAAAAGGAGUUCCCCUUAAUUGUAAAAUAACACUGUCACAAGAUAUAAUUUUCAACUAUAAGAAAUUAAAGAUAUUUCUAUAUUAUUUUGAAAUACACAAACAAAUUAAAGUCUUAAUUAAUAUCUUCUCUUUCCUAAGUAUUCAUUUGCAAAGUAAAUUGGUCUAAGAUUUGUGAUGUAUGGUAAAGGCAAUGAGACAUGGUUUAGCCUUUUAUGAUACCUCUGAUAGUAUGUAGAAAGAAAACACAGGUUUUUAAUCUACUAGGAGCUGCUGUCCUUCUAAAUGCCAUAUGUGAUUUUAUUUGUAGAAAUACUGUAAUGUAUGCAUAAAAAAGGACAUAUGAAUAUAUGGGACAGGUCACUAAACAAUUUAUGUAAUAAACCAAGAAGCAAAUUUCUUCUCUAAUGAACAAGCAGUUAACUGUUUUAUUACCUCUUUUUUGUCAGGGACUCAAGUAAAGAGCCCUGGGCCAGAGAGUUAAGCAUUUGGCCACUGAGCUACAUCCCCAGCCAUAUAGAUAUUUUUGAAUGACAGCUUUAUAUUUGUGAGACGAGGAUGUACAAAAUGCUGAGUUGUGCCAAAUAAUUUAGUUAAAUUUAAAAUACCUGUUGUAUGUAUAUCUUUUACAUGUAUAGGAUGGUCAUGAUUGUCAAUCUAUUCUUGACUCUUUCUUGUAAUCCAGCAUUAAUUUUUAAAAUUAAUAUUGGGCUGUAAAUAGUUUCCCCAUUAGGAUUCCCCAUAGUAAUACCAUGUGGCCACUGAAGCCUAUACAUCCCUUCCCCCUACCUGUUAAACUCAAGCAUGGUCACACAUUCAAUGAUACAAUAUGAAGUCAUGGGUCAUUAACAGGAAAGACAAACCCCAUUCCUCCAGAAUAUAGCCUUUGUUCAAUAUGUUGUCAGGUAAGAAUUAGCAGUCGGCAGUCAUCCACUUCAAACUAUGAUCUAAUCGGAACUCGAGAGCUAAAUCAGAACCCUGGUGAUUAGCUCUUAGUUAGUAGCAAGCUCCAGGGAAAACUUCAGUGCACAGGAAGUAAGCUAAUGAUUCAUCCAGCAGUAGCUGCAGGGCACAGGGAAAUGCAGAAAGGAUCUUCUAACCCAGUGGUUCUCAAGUUUUCUAAUUCUGCGACCCUUUAAUACAGAUUUCCAUGUUGCAGUGACCCCAACCAUAUAAUUAUUUUCAUUGCCACAUCAGAACUGUAAUCUUGCUACUGGUGUGAAUUGUAAUGUAAAUCUCCGUGCUUUUCUAAUGCUCGUAAUGAUUCCCGUGAGAUUGUCCAUUGAUUCCCCAAGGGUCACGACCCACCAGUUGAGAACCUCUGCUCUAGCUCAUCUAAGGUUUGCCAGCAGCUGUCCAAGGGACAUUUUAAAAAAGAGAGCAGAAGUGGAAACAAAACGUGUGAUGGCUGGUUCAUAAAAAAAAAUCAGUCUCUGACAAAAAAUAAAAAUAAAAAUCUUUCAUUCUGGCUGGAAAUCCUUAAAGCUUUGCCAAUAGUGAAGAAACCCUUUGUCUCCUUUAGGGCCCUGAGUGCAGAGAGUUUUAGAAUUUAAUCAAAACAUUAAAAUCACAAUGUAAUAGCGAGGUUGACUGUAGGGCCCUCCUUGUAUUUUAGAUUUCUGACCUAUAAGCUUGAGAGAGUUAAACUUUCUAGAAAAACCUUUCCCUCAUUCUGCAGCAAACAUUCAGAGGGAAGAUGUAAGUGAUCCUAAAUUAAAAUCUUCAGAGCAGCAGGCAGAAUUCCAAUUCUGCUCGUCUCAUCUGCCCUUGUUGAGUGUACUUUUAUCUGUGGAAAAUGGCAUUCACGUUUCCAACAGGUUCAUUAUUAUGAGCCCCGUGGUUCUCAACUCGUCAUAUUCUUUGCUUGUUAAUAAUGGCACCAUGGCAUUGAAAAGGUAGGAGUUGGGUAGAGACAUGACUCAACAGUGAAGAGCACUUGAUGCUCCCAUAGAGGGCUGGAGUUCGCUUCCCAGCACCCCUAUCAGGCAGUUCAUGACAAUCUGACUCCUGCUCCAAGGAAUCUGACGCCCUCUUCUGGCCUCUUAGGGCUACUGCACUUACCAGUGUCUACCCUACCUCUGCCACAUAUGUAUUGUAUGUAUACAUAUAAUUAAAAAUAAAAUUAUAUCUUAAAACAGAGGUGGGGAUGUUUUAAGUUGUACUUUUCAGAUCUAGUUUUGAAUAUUUUAUUCUUCAUCUAUGUAACCAUGCGGCUGCCCUUCACAUUUGAUGCGUUAUUAGGUAGUUCUGUAGAUGUAGCAAUUCUAUCUAAUUCCACCACUAAGUCAUUGUUAUGUAACAAUUAGAGUUGCCUUCUUCACUGGCUAUUGCAGUUCUUAUGCCUGUAUAUCCAUUUUUUGUUCAUUUAAUACUGGGAUGUCAAAAUUUUGUGAAAUGAAUGAAACAGCAGUAGAAAAGGGCAGGUGGGUGGCCUCUGCUGCGUCUCCUUUGAUGUCAGCUCCAUUGGCAAAAGAGAUAAAACAGAAAGACCUCUGAAGGCCUGGAAUCCGAGAUUCCCUCCCUGCAAUUCCAUCACAUUCCCCCAAGACCAGGCGAGGAGAUACUGAAGCUGAGUUUCAAGCAGGAGACUUUAAAGUAAAAUUCCUUGAAAACUACUUUCCUUUUUGUCCCACUAUCAGCCAGUUCGUUUAUAAAGGUUCCAAUGGAUAGAAGCAAUGCAACCCAUUUUACUCACGAUUUCUUUUCCAAUCUCUGCCGUUCUGCCAUUUUUCACGGUUUUAAAAAUCCACUGGGGUUGGGGAUAUAGCUCAGUGGUAGAGCGCUUGCCUAGCAACCGCAAGGCCCUGGGUUCGGUCCCCAGCUCCGAAAAAAAAAAAAAAAAAAAAAAAAAAAAAAAGACUAAGAUUCUUAGAUCUUAAAAAUCCACUGACUUCUUAGAGGUCCUGUUUUUCGGAACAUAAACUGGACAAAAAUCAUUGUGGAAACUCCUUGGUAUGCACCAGCAGCGGGACCAAAUGCAGCUGCCAUCAACUUUCCCAUGCAGUGAUACGGACAUGAUAACUUCAGGUAGCUUUCGGAGAUGCGCAUUUGUUUUUUAAAACAGGUGAUCAAUUUAGUAUUGAUUUUCAAUGACUGUGAUCCCAUUUCCCUGCAUUAUUUAAAAUAAUUGAAUUAGCGAGGCACGCAGAUCGGGGUCAAAUAAAUGUUUGCCUAGCCCUUUCAGUUAAAGACUCCCCACCACCACUCCCCCACUCCCGAUGAUUCAUUCUGAAACUAGAAGUCUGCUUUGUUCCUUAUUGAGCACAGACAAGUAGAGUUGUGAAUUUCUAUGUAUUUUUGAGGCACCACGUGCGGAGAUGAAGGCUGGGCGCAGGGACUUUCUGCACGCAGCUAGCAGAGCCACAUCUGCCUCCAGACUUGCUGACUUGGCUGAAGAGAGGCCCCCUUAGGUCCUGCUGCCAGAUCAGGUGUGGAGAUACUGCAGAGCUGUCACUCCGCAUGGUUUCCUGCAAGUCAGCUAUCUCCUUCCCAUCUGUGUGGCUAUUCUUUCAUUGCGUUUUUUUCCCCCCUGCUUGUCUGGCAUGCGUAUAUUUGUCUGAUAAGUCUCAAUUCGGAUCCGAGGCUUUGCCUUUCCUGUUGUCAAGCAAAAGGGAAUUUCUCCAAGCAUCUAUCUGUCCUUUAAUUGUGCUUGCCAUUAUGACACAAUCCCCUACUUUGAGGUAUUUUAUGAUAUCCAGUGUAUAUUAGCAUCAUUUUAUAAGUUCCAUUAAGUCUUGAGGAUCUCAUUCCAUUAAGAUCCACAAACUGCAAAUUUUAUUCACAUUAAAGUUUAAAUGAUAGACUACAGAAUUACAUAUGGAGUGGCUCUUCCAAUUUUACAAUGCUCUCUUAAGCUAAAAAGUCACCUUUCUUCCCUUUUAACUUUUCAGCCGGAAUCAUAGGUAGUUUUAUUGUUGGCAUUUUGAGGAGCUGUCUUGCAAAGUCAGGGCUACAUUUCCUACGUUUUACUUUUAGUGUAUAGAAGAUUUUACGUAGCAAAAGCUUGAUUAUUUGUGCCUUGCACCAUUAAUUGGUGUUUUCGGCUAUAGUCUUGAUUAUGCAGCUAAAAUUUUGCCUAAAGUGUCCAAUUCCACAGGCUUGUACUUGCAAAACACCCCUUGAGUUUAUUAAGAGUGCCGUGUUCACAGUGGCCAAUGGAGCUGGCUCAGUGGGUAUCCUGAGCUGGAAAAUGAAAGGGCGGAUGAUUCAAGUGCACCAUGCUCUGAUUAGAGGGCCAUGAGCAGCUUCAGUCUCUUGCAGAUUAACAUCACUCCACGCUCUGUUUUCAAACAAGGAUUAUCUGUUCUAGAAGCACAUCCUACAGAUCUUGCUAAUGCACCGAGUUCCAGUGGCCCUGGCUUGAAAUAACGCAUCAGUUUUUCUUUCUUGUGGGGGAAUAAAUCAGUAUCGUGUUCAUGUGCGUUGGCAGGUUUCCUUAGUUAUGAGAAUGUGGUUAGAAAUUGUUUAUGACUUCCUGCUUCUAAACAAUAAGGAAUAGUAUGAGGGCCUUGGCCUUAUUAUGAGAGCAUUUGUUAUGGGAACUGUUUAGUGAAGUAAAUAGAAAGACAGACAGGGACACUCAGGUGGGAAUAGUGUGGUUCCCGAGAGUUCAGAUGUCUCUCUUCAUGGAUUCAUUGACUCCAGUCAUUCUAAUCCAGUGCCUAUAUCUUAAAAGUACCUUUAAGUAACAGUAAGAAACUUGUAACGUACAGUAUGAUGAACAUUAAAAUUCAAGUUUUAGAUUAUAAAGUAGACUACUGGUUCUCAAAGUAAGGGUAGCAACUCCUUGGGGGUCACAUAUCAGAUAUCCUGCAUACAAGAUAUUUAUAUUACUAUUCAUAACAGUAGCAAAAUUACAGUUAUUGAGUAACAACAAAAUUUUAUGGCUGGAGCACCUUCAAACACAAAGAACUGUGUUAAAGAGUCACAGCAUUAGGGAGAUAGAGGACCACUGAACUUGAAACUGCUCAAACUUCCUGUGAUCAGUACUAGGGAAAUGAAGUCCAUCUUCCUCCUUGAGAAGUUGGAAAACUGGACAAAAUGCCUAUUCAACAACUCUAAUGUCCCAGGAAAUGAGGUCUAAAUUGUACAGAGAACCAAAUUUUGAGGAGAAAAUUUCCAUAUUUUCUCUGUCUUUACCACAGAAAAACAAAACAAAACAGAACUGAGAGUGAAGGUUCAGGACUAGAAAUCUAGUGUCUCAGGUUGCUGACGCAGGAGGAUAAAUGUGAAUUCCGGGUUAUGCCAAGUACAAAGUGUGACUCUGUCGCAGCAAUUAACAAGUAAAUAUAUAUAAACAGGAAUGCUAUGGCCGAUGUUAUUAUUAGCAAAGAGACUAUAGAAGAGACACGUUUACUUGUAUGUGUAAGGAAUCUUUUACCUUAGGACAAGCGAUUAAGUAGCUUGUUUUAAGCUUAGGCAUUUUAAAAUAUAAACCUGAAACUGCAUCUUUACAGGUUUGUGGAGAUCAUGUGUGAAAAAACAAAUAUCGUCUAAUCACUUCGUUUAUUUAACUGUUCUAAAGAGGAAGAAUGUGCUAUUCGAUCUACUUAUUUUCACUAUAUGGCAAUAAUCUCCAUAUUUUUACAUGUAAUCUUCACUUACAAUCUCUAAAAGAGAUUAUCAUUUAGCCCUAAGGUACUCAGAGUUGACCAUAUUUAAACUGCUUUAGCUCUGAAAAAUGCCUUUCUCUUAAAUUAAGGUUAUGGAAAAACCUCAAAUUUUUCUUCAACAGAAACAAAACAAGACCUUCCGCACACGCUCGCAUCUGGGAUCCCAUCCAAAAGUGUUUAGCACUUUGGCGGUAGCCACCUUUGGAAAAUCUAUCAUGUCCUUCUCCUAUCUGAACAUCGGGAGGCAAUCGGAGUGUCAGUGCUCACAGAAAGAGUGUAACAGUUGGUCAGUUGUAUUUCCCUGGCAUAUAAAAUUUAUGUUUUCUUCUUCAGGCUCCUUGUUAGAGAAUGGAAAACAUUGAAAAUCAUAUAUAAACAUGAUUAUCCCUUGGUUUUGUUUUACAAGAAGACUCUCAACUAAAAAUUUAAAAAAUGUUGUGACACCUCAGGAUUAAAGCUAAUUGCACAUUUUAAGAAUGUUUACAGACAUGAGGAAUUAUAAGUCUAUAGGAAACUCUUACAUUUUACCUUGUGUAUGCCACUUUCUUUCAUAAUGAUUUAUAAGCUUUUUCAGAAGAAUCAUAGAGCUACCAAAGCCAUAGAAGGAACCGGAACAUGGGUGGUCUUUUUUUAAAAAACUCAGAUUUUGUGUAGCUACCUUGGUAACAUGCUUCAAUGCUGGAACAAAGAUGCAUGUUUUUCGUCAGCAGUCUUCUUAUAUGAGGCUAGCACUUACUAUAUUUUAUGCAAAACAAAGAAAUUUGUGGACUAAGUCUUAAGAAAUUGAUAGAAGUUGCUCAUCUUCUGUUGCCUAUUUUUUGUAUCCAAUUCUUUUAUCUUGUGCUGAACAUGAUCUGUUUGUAUGUGAGAGUCUAUCUGAUAUUACAUGCCAUCUUCAUACAAAAAUUUUCAAGUAUUAUUUUGAGGUACUACUUUUUAAUGUCAGAAAGAAUAUGUAUCCAUGCUUGGGCUAAGAGUUGUCCUGUAAGCCCAUCACCUGCGACUUGGAGGGAAGACCCAUGAGGCUGAAAUAUAUCUGCAACAGUCCAACCUUUCUGGUAAGGCAUAAAUUUCCUACGAAUGACAGGGACAGCCCAGUGGUUAUAAUGAAUAAACAUGUACCAUAUGCCAGAUACUGUGUCACUGUGUUUUCCUUGCAAUAUCCCAUGUGGACAGCAGUUAGCAAUGUUCUGUGUAUAAUUAAAUGUUUUACAUACAUUAUUUUAUUAGUGCUAAAAUUUUCCUAUUAAUUAAAUAGUAGGCUUUCCAUGUAGUUUUAAAGAAAUUCCUGCAAAAAUUUCAUUAAUAAGUAAGACAUUCCAAACUGAAUAUCACAGCUUCUUACUGCUGGUUUGGGUAGAGAUGAGAAAUAGGUGACACUUAAAAAUUGUCCUUAUAAGCUGGCAAGAUGUCCAGCAGAUAAAGAAGUUUUCCUUCAAAGUUAAGGACCCAAACUCUAUUUAUAUGAGACAUAUGGCAGAAGGAGGGACCCAACCCCCAUUCAUUGUCCUCUGCUGGGCUCUGUGGCAUGUAAAUAGGAGUUAUGCACGUGCAGGUACACGCACAUGCAUACAGAUGCUCAUACACACACGCUCACACACCUGCAUAAAGGUAAAACCACCUGCAACAAAAUAUCUUGUUUUGUUUUGUACAAGAAGUCAAUAAUGUAAGAAAAAGCAAAGACUAGAAGUCAAUAAGCCAAACACUAUACCGACUUACGUAUUCUGUGGUUUAAUAGGAGUAGCAGUGAACCCUCUUACCCCUUUACUCAGGUCUUCAUUAUCUUUUCUGUUGUUGCUAGUCUGUCUGAUUUUCCCUUAGCAACGGCAUCAUCUAGGAAUGCACUCAGCUCCAAAUAAUGGAUUCACCUUAGUUAAAUGGGGGAGGGGUUUGUUUUCCCUGAGAGCACAUGUCUAGAUGCUGUAACUCAGCAGUUUCCAUGAAGAAUCCUAAUACCCUUCUGCCCACCAGCUUUACCAUUGAUUUCCCUUUCCAUAUUUCUAAGAUUAUGGUUGUCUCUAUUUUAGUACUUAGUAGCUUUUUUCAAGUAAAGAGAAAAAUAGGCAAAAGAGAGGCAAAUCUUCUUUUGGACACAUUGCUUUCUAUUUUGGAAAGAAUUAUCUCUUUAAAGACUUUCUAUGUAUCAUAUUACCCAAACACAUGGCCCCUGGUAUAGACUUCAAGGGAGCAAUUUAUCUUUUCUCUUUUAGCAUUGAUGACAUAGGGAGGCAAGAGAAAGGAUGGCUUAUGCUCCUGCCUUACUGGGACUGGAAGCAGUAACUUGGGUCUUCCACCGCAGGCUGCCAAAGCCUUCCACGUCUCUUCGUUUCAUGAAAGUUUGUUUAGAUUUUUUCUCAAUUCAACAACCAGCUUCUUCUACCUCCCACAACAGAAUUGCUUACUGUCUUCUAUCCUGAGCUCUGGAGCCCCUUUCAUUAUUUCCUUAGAAUUCAUCUCCCUUCUAGUAUCCAGAAGGGCAUAGUCCCAAGAGACUACAUGAGAACCCCCUUAUUCUCAUGUUUUCUUGUUUUUGUAACUAAGACUAGAGAGUCCUAGGAAGGCCAGAUUAUAUAGUAGUGAUCUAAGCACCACACUUUGUUCCUCUCAACUUUCAUGUCUUGUUUUCUCACAGCAUUACUAGAUAAUGUUUUUCACAAUCAUACACAUUGGAAUAUAUAUAUAUAUAUAUAUAUAUAUAUAAAAUCUUAAUCACUUAAGCAUUUUCUAAAAACUACUUGUUCAAAUUUUAGAGUAUUGGGAGUUGACUAGUAAUAUGGGGGAAAUGUUCUAUUCAUAUAAAUCAACAAUUGUUUAUCGUGUGCAUGCUGAGUAUGUAGGACACUGUUGAUAUGAGACAAAAGUAGAAAAGACAGAAACAAGAGAGAAACUUUAUUCUGAUACAUUUUAUGCACAGGAUACAUUUAAGGUGUGAAUUGCUUUUGUUACAGCCAUUAGAUAUUUGUCACAAGGCUUAUUGUGCAGCAGGGAACUGUCUUAGGCACAUACAGUUUAUGAGAGUAAAGGUAAGAUUUUGGCUGUUACUGAGCAGCAGUGAUCUCAACUUUAACAUUACAUCCAAGGCAUGCACAUGUGGUGAGGAAUUCAGUUAACACGCUUCUAUCACUUAUAAAUGUAUGCAUGUAAGGAAAUGAACACGUGUGCAUUUGUGCACAUGCACACUCUGCAUAUAUACAUCUUAAUUUGGGAAUUACAGUAAUUCAUAUGUUAGUCUUAAUUUGUGAUUUAUUCUUUUGGAUGGCUUGCAAUGUAGUUGAAUUUGUAAAAUAUGUCUAGAUGUAAGUGUACAUUUGUUGGAUUGAAUUCUAACAACUUUGACUCCCUCACCUUUAUUCCUUUGCUUUAUUGAAUUGAACUUGAAUGAAAUCUUUUAUUUGUCUAAGUCUAUUUCUGUCUAGUAAGGAAGUUGAAAUUGAUCAUGCCUUGACUUUGUGGGCCAGCAGAGAACCAUGGCAUUCCAGAGUAUUGAUUUUGUGGUGUUAAAGGGUGACAGAUCCAGUGUUAAAGUGCCAGGAGAGAAUUGGGUUUCAGAUUGUACACCAUAAGCAUUCUUGGCUUUUGCUGAGCCAUGCCUAGUGUUUUUAAAGUAAAGGAUGAAAUUGUAAUACGUAUGUAUACGUAUGUAGUUUGUACUGCAUACUUUUAGAGAUAGUAAUUUCUUUUAAUUAGUUAUUUAUUAAUGUAUGUAUGUAUGUAUGUGUGUAUGUAUUUAUGUUUUCUUUCUUUUUUUUUUUUUGAGACAGCUUUUCUCUGUGUAGAUCUCUCUGUCUUGGAAUGCACUUUUUUACUAGCCUAGCUUGAACUCACAGAGAUGCCUGCCUCUGCCUUCUGAGCGCUGAGGUUAAAAUUAUGUAAUGAUAUUUUGAAAUAUAAUGUCACAUAUGCGAUGCCAUAUCUUACUUAUCUAAAUGUACACAGCUUGGGGCAUUUGUUUUUAUAUGUAUAUCCUGACAGUAAUCUUUACUUAAGAAUGUUGAGUAAUACUUUCAGUCAUCAUGACCAGUCUUUGGUAAAGCACGUUUAUUACUACAUAUGGAAGUUGCCUGAUAACAAGUUUUAUUGGUUCUCACAUCAGUCAUCCUCACAUCAUCUCUUUGAGGUUACAAUCUUCUGUGCUUUCCUGCAUUUGUGGACUGUAGGAUAAGAGUUGUGAUAACCAAGGUUCAGAAAGGUCAGCGGUCUGUGAAUGUAGUGGUUGGUGAUUUCUGUUGUUAUUGCCAUUGUUGCCUGCUUGCACCUAGAAUAUGAACAAGUUAUAUGAUGAUGGUGGCUGCAAACCUAAUGUGAGGAAAGAUAAGCAUGGCCAUCUUUCAUUGUUCAAAUUUUCUGACAGGAUUCGUUGCUUAUAAGUACAAUGACUUUUAGCACGUGCUUUGAAAAUAAUAUUUUGUUUAUAUGAUAAUUGCUUAAAACUCUAUGGAGCUAAGUCCAAAUGUAUCUUUCAAACUAAUCAGAGUACAUGUGAUUCAUACACUUUUGCCAGACCAUCACAGUCACCUUUCAAUUUAUUUUCACAUGUUCAUCUAAGUUAUUGUUGUCUAAGAUACUGACGUGCAAAGAAGACUAGAAUGUAUUUUCUAAUGUAUGUUUGUUCUGUUUUCUAACAACAUCAGUAUUUUGCUUAAGCAGAUUUCCUAGGAAAUGACAGCUUUGAAAAAUUGGACACAGGAGCUACUGGAAGCAUUUCAGUUCUACGCAAUCUAAAUACUGCAGAAGGGAACAUGAAAUAUCACUGCGUUUUAAAGAUGACAGUUCUCUCAAAGAUCCUCUUUCACUCUUCGGGUAAAAACAAAUGGAGUAAAUCAAAAAUAUAUCUGUUCAAAAUGGGCACGCAUCUUCACCAAGAAAUUUCUUCUUCCUAUGGGCAUCUGUUGAAUGGCAGGGGACCUGUCAUUCUCUUGACUUAAUUUUUGGUCUGGAGAAUUUUGAGGUCUUGGGAAUUCAUAAGAACAGAGUAUCCUUGAGAGGAGAGGAAAACCCAUUGGACUUAUGCCCACAUAUAUGUAUAUAUGGUUAAUAUACAGAAGUUUAACGAUUAGUGUAACAUGAAGUGUGUGUGUGUGUGUGUGUGUGUGUGUGUGUGUGUGUGCAUUUGUAUGUAUGUGUAAAAGAAAAGAAAAGGAAAUGGAGAUGGAUGGAGAGGAAGAAGGAGAGAGUGAAAGAUCCUACCUUGUGAGAGACGAAAGCAAAAAUAUCAUGAGUUUGAAGCCAUGCUAGGGAACAUGGAGAAACAAUAUAAAACAAAACAAAA